ACUGCUGCGAGGUUUUUUGAAGUGAUAGCCUGCCACCUAUGUGUACCUAACAUCUGGCAUAACAUCUGAUCAGUCUUUUCGCUGCUGCAGCUAAAGGAUUUCCCCAACAGAACCAGCAGCUAAAUGAGGUAAGGGCUUUGAACGGCGUGCUGCUCAGCUCCUUUUAAACAAAAACUCUGCCACUAGGGAUAAAAUCUAGAGGUGCAAAAGUAUGAACUAAUCUCUGGCAUAACGAUGAUGUUCCAACCCUUGCCUUGAAAAAUGCAACUAAAAUGUUUUGAUCAAAGGAUGUUGAAAAGCUCUCAUUAAGAGAUUUUGGCUACGCACGGGCAGCACAAAUCCCAUUAAAAUAAAUGGGUUUAAAAUAUCCUAAUGAUGUGCAGGAUUCUUUGGCUCAACCAGCAGGACAGUGGGCAUUUUGUUUUUGUUUAAAGUUGUUCUACUAGUGCUGCUGCUGCUACUACUACUACUACUAAUAUCUUUAGUUACAAUGAUUAUUGUGCUAUUAGCCCUGAUUUAGUAAGGUAAAGUAGGCUAAUGUUCAGAGAGAUAAAAUGUAAACAAUUCUAUUUGUUUUCAAGUAUAUACCCGGCGCCCCAAUUGUGGGCAUGCCAGCUUCUGUAUACUGAGUUGCUCCUAAUUUCUCAAGUGUCUCAAAUUAUAUUUGUGGAUUAGCAUUGAAGUAUGGGCAUUGUAAUCAGGUCUGCUGAAUAUAAUAUUGUUGCUGAUCAUCCGCAAAUAUAUUAAUUGCAUGUCUGGUGAAGGAGAUGUUGUAAGGUUCUCACAAAACCACUGGUCUGCUUCAACUGGGCUUCUGGGUCUAAUUUUCAGAUUGUUCCCUAUCACCCAAUUGCCAUUAUAACCAGCACUACUAAUAAUUUCAUAUCAUGAAAUUGUCUCACUCCUGUGCUGUGUUGAUCGACAACAAAUUUACACAAGGUUUCACAAUGAUCUUGGUCAGUUAUUAUUCAUUUCUUAAGCCUAAUUCCACUUCUUCAGUGGCAGGUCACCAUGUUGAAUCCAUGUUCUUAUAGUAAUAAUAGGUUAACAUUCUUUGAGUUUCUGAAUAUAAGAAUAGCGUAUAAACAAAGUUAUGACCUUCAGAAUUUUCAUCUGGUUGUAUUGGUGUGUUCCUUUCCAUUGGCUUUCAUUGACAUUUAGUUUGAAUAACCAUGAAUCAACGACAGUAGUGCUAUUUAAAAUAUUCUUUUCUACUUGCAAUUCUGUAAUGGCAAACUGCACAAAUUGAGGUACAUAUUAUAUAUGCUGAAUAGGCACUUUAACUUGUUCAACAACUCCUCAGUCAUAUACGUGCAGGUUUUUUUAAAUGCUUGAUUAAUCUAGAAUAUACUGUUUGGUAUACCAAAGAGAAAACCUGAGUACAUAAAAUUAAGAUAUAACUAACUGGCCAAUAUUUUAACCUAACCCCUUAUUUUUAUUAACCACAGUUGUAUUCUUAUCAAUUGUGCUGGUGGUUAAGAAGUGUUUUAUGUCAAGUGGUAUAAUGAAAGGCAUGCAGGCUUCUUGAUAUAGAAAAUAAAUGCAAAAGAGUAAAAUAGCUUCAGCUGUGAUAUGCAUUUUUUUUUGGAAUAGCACAAAAACACAAUGUGUGCAGAUACAAAGCGGAAAACAAAGAUUAAAACUGAAGCAGUUAGUCACUCUUUUUUAUCCGGUAGAAGAUGUUCUAUUCCCAUUCUCUUUUUGUUCUUCUUUUGACCAGCAGCAAAUGCAAAUUUGGCUGUGAUUGUGUGAACACUUAUCUAGAAGUAAGUCUUAUCUAAUAUAGUGAAGUUAAUUACUGAGUUAAUUAAUAGGAUGGUGGAGUAAACAUAAAUAAGGUUGUAAUCCUAAACAUGCUUACAAAGGCUUAAGCUUCACUGAACACAGUUUUACUUCCAAAUAAACAUGCAUGGAUUUGCACUGUAAGGCACUGUUUACAAGCUAAACCACAGGCUUCUUUCUUUCUUUCUUUCUUUCUUUCUUUCUUUCUUUCUUUCUUUCUUUUCCUAUCCUUCUUCCAAUCUCAGGGUAGCGUAACUGGUUCCCCCAUUUUAUUUUCACUUGGAUAAACAGUCAUUUAAAAAAAAGAAGAAAAAAACUGUUUUCACUGAAAAUGGUCAAUUAGUUUAGAAUUUCAACAUAACUGCCCCAAACCAAUAACCUUCUUUAUGAUAAAGUUGACGCAUUUGUUAAGUAGUAUUGCACAGACACACGGUUACUCCCCGCAAAGUCUUAAAUUGAUCACAAAGGAAGACUGAUAGAGUACUGUGAAGAAAAAGCAAAGAAAGGGAUUACAAGGAAAUAGGAGAUCACAUUGUGUAUGAAAAAUUGCUGUGACAUAUGGUCUAUUAAUCCUGGAAAACACAAUUCCCCAAUAUGCCCAAUGAUCAUGCACAAUCAGAGGAAAUAAGCAUAACAUACCCUCCAAUGUUCCUCAGAAAAUAGGGACAUUCUACUACAAAAUAUAAUCAUCAGAACACUGUGGACUUUUCUAAUAGUAUUUGUUUAAAAGUCAGAUUGUGAACGACUAGAGACAGGAGUCUAGGGAGACAUCUAUGAAAUCUAACUUGUCUCCAGCAAGGAGAAAUACAUUUCAAUCAGAUGGUUGUUAUGGUAUCCACCCCACUCACUCCCGGCAACCGGAAUUGCUGGGAAAAGGGGCUUAUGGGGCAGUAAAGGCCCACAUGAUUUGCCCUGCCUGCAUAAUUGCAAUUUUCGCUCAAGCACUGCGAAUUUACACCAUGGAAAAGCCGUUCCUAAGCCACUGGGGGUGUGUUUGUGUGUGCAGAGGUUGUCAAAUGAAGGUAUGCAGAGAGGUCUUCUUGGCAACUGCUCCCCAGCUUUGAAAUUUACUUUUUCCUCAGGUUCAUCAAAACCUGGAACGAAGGCCACAAAUUAGCAAGCUUUUAGUCGCCUCUGAUAUGUUUGGCACUAUGUUAUUGCAAUUCUCCUCCAUUUCCCAAGUAUUACAGGUCGGGAGGCUAAGUUAUGUUGAGAUAGCGACACUUGAGACCACUCAGUCAUCUUCAUAGCUGAGCAAGAACGUCAGUUUGGCUUUUCCAUAUCCAGAUGCAACACUAGGCCUUGUGAACUCAACUUGUCUGUUUUUGAGGAGAGGGUGAAUUAAAAGGGCUUUAGGCUGCAACCUAUAAAGUAAAUCCAAGUGAUCUCAGGGAGAUUUUUUGGUAUGCACUCUUAGGAUUGCUCUUGCGUACAGCCAGGAUCUUAAGACCUUUGGAAACAAAUGUCACAUAAUUGCAGAAAGCUAGGUUCUAAUGCAGCAUGGGUAGAAGCCAUUGAGGACUAAGCUGCCUAAGCCACAAAGCAUGGGACAUUUUUUAAGGAUCAAUUUUCAUGAGGGAAAGGAGGUGAAUUCAAAAGGGCACUAUUAUGUCUUGCAAAGAGGCACUUUUAGCAUACAUUUUAAAAACACACACAUAUUUCAAUAAUGAAAUGUUGUAAUGCAUGUAUUAUAAUACCCAAUGAGCAGAACUGGGGUUUUUUCUAGAAAAAGAGGUGCUGGAACUCACCCCUUGUUCUCUUAUAAUGGCAAUGGCAUCCACCUGAGAGGUGCCGGAACUGAGUUCCAGUGAGUUCCAGCUGGAAAAAAAGCCCUGCAAAUGAUGAUACUGGAGGAAACUUAGCACUACUCUAAAAUGUGUACAAUUCUGAAAUAAUUUUUAUCACAAAAAAGAAUACUGGCAUAAAUCUUGAAUAGACUUACACACUUGUAAAUUAAAUAUAGCUUAUUUUCUGACCUAUUUUCUGGGGUCUGUAAAUUUAUCAGCAGAAAUGGCUCCCACUCUUUCUGGGGGCCAUAUAUCUGCUUGCUUCUGCUUGUUUUCUCUCCUGCAUUCAGCUGACUACUCUGUUGACCUCUGCAAACGUGUGUGUGUGUGUGUGUGUGCGCGCGCGCGCACCAGCGGACAUGAGACAGAAUUUGUAAAGUAGUCAUAGCAAUGAAUUUGAAACAUAACUAUUUUAAGACUUCACCCGUGGUGCCUGACUACCUAUAAACCGAAACACGUGUAUAAGCUGUCCCAUUACUAUUUUUGGAGAUGUGGUGCAGAUUACUUGUACAGGAUAUAGAGGAUAUAGAAAAAAAACAAGGUUGUUGGAGGCAAAUUUUGAGCUACAUUACUGGAUAUGAAAUACUGAUAGAACCAAUAAAUAUUAUUUUGAAUUGUUUUGAAGGAUAUGUGGAUGUUGUAUGAAUGGCCACCAACCCCCUGACUGUGGAGGGGUGGUGAAACUAUCUGCUCCUCAACAUUAUAAAGUUUUGUUGGAUACAGCAAUAACGCAGUAUGUCUGAGCAAAAGAUAAUGUGAUUGAGAACAAAUGGGUUGAGAAAUGAGCAUUUUUCAUCUCUUUUUGGUGGUGAUGUUAAACCAUAUUCUUUGCUUCCCUUGGUUUGAAGGUGAAUUGUAUUAAUUAACUGGAAAAUGAUUUAUUGUAAUGGUUAAGAAAAACCCCUUUUUCUUUUUAAAAAAGAAAAUGUCAUGAACUAAGGAACUCUGAGAUGUGUUGUGCUUAAGAUACCAUAUCGGGAAGGAACACUACUUUUUGUCUUUCAAGCAAUAACGCCUAGAGUUUCAAUAAAGAAAUAUUGCCAUUUGAUAGAAAGUCCCUGAAGUACUAAAGAGCAGCUGUGUCAGGGGAAACUCUUGGAAAGCUGGAUUUCAUUUCUUUUCAUUUUUUAAAAAAGGCUUUUAACUUAUAUUGUAGAAAAGUAUUUCAAGAAAUGGUUAAAAGUUAAAAGUUGACAGCUAAAAAAUUAGCUAGGCCAUUUUUCAAAAAGAAAUGUUUAAACUAGGGAAUUAAUUAGAUAAUUUCUAUGAGUGCUUUCAUUUGUGAUGUCUUGUGAACAUAUGCGAUCUGAUGGACAUACAAAAACAUGUCUAUGUGAGUUUCCCUAUUAAUUCCAAUUGACUGGUCAGCUCCAUGUUAAUUUUUCUUUGCAAACAUUUAGCUGCCUUCUCUAAAUGAACAAGGAAAGCCACAAAGGUCCCUAGAUCAAGGCACACAUACCGGUAAAUAAAGGUUAUUGUAAGGUUAAUUGUAUUUCUAGUUCUCAGAAAGCAUAUAUAACUCCAAGUAGUUGUGUUAUUUGGUCAGCUUUUAAAGGCACAAAGUAAACAUCAUUAAGCAAAUUAGAUACAUAGAAGUUGACAUCAUACAGUAAAUGUCAACAGUGAUAAUAACAGCUUCAUUGCUGAAGAUAAUACUUUUAAAAGUAUAGUUCAUUCCCUGCAUAUAUGGAUAUAACCUAAUUUAGAUCUCUGUUGUACGGACUUCAAUCAUGUCUGGAUAUAUUUGCUUGAUUGUAUCAAGAUUUCAAAAAAUGUCAGUUGUACCCUCAUUUUAGUUUGUGAAAUCCCAAAUACCCCAUUCCAAAUUAAGGGCCACACAUUUCAUUCCCUAUGCAAAUCUGUCUCAUUUGACUGCAGCUAUGAAAUGGGCUCAGUCCGCAUCCUCAAAGCAUUAGUACAAAUACUUAUUUGUGUCUGGGUGGGGUUAGAAUUUUUCCUCUUUGAUAUCCUGCAGGCAAGAGGGUGGCAUCUGAAGGACCACAAGUGGAAGAGUACCAUCUGUUAAUGUUUCAGCCAUGGGAAACAUAUAAUUGCAAGGUGCCUUCAAAGAUGGGCAAAGGAAAAAUAAUGUGACGGCCUCUUCUAGACUGGAUAGUUGUGAGCUGAUGUGUCUUCUAGGGCAUGUUGUGUGAGUAGAAGAAAUGCAAUUAAAGCUGCAAUCCUAUGCAAAGUUGGUAACCUAUUGAUUUCAGUGAACUCAAGUACAAACAGACUAGGGCCCACCCAAGGCAUUUUGGCACCUCAAGUGGACUCCAAAAUGGCCAGUGAAGAAGGGGUCAAGGAAUAUCUACAACAGGAACAAGUGGGGAAGAAAGAUUGACAACUGGAUCUGCUGCCCUAGUGGACCCUGCUGCCUGAGGCGGUUGCCUUGCUUUUGCCUCAUGGGUGGGCUGCUCCUGAAUAAAGAUCUACAUCAGAAUCUGCUCAUCUGUGGACUCUGUCUCCUGAAGCAUUUGCUUCAACUUCAGUAUCAAGAUGUUGGAUAUUUUAUAUAUAGUGGGUAAUGUUGCUCUGAAAUGAAACUUUUCUGCUCAACUCAGGCGCUCUAAUUUAAAAACCAAGGUAUACAACUAUCUGAACCGGAGUAAGAAAACAAUUUACCCAGAGCUCCUAAUAAAUUAAUUUAUAUAGGGGAUUGGUCACAACUCAGUACAGUGGUAGAGCUCAUGCAAAAAGUCUUAGAUUCUGUCUAGGAGAGCUGGAAAAGACUCCUGUCUGAAUCUCCAAGAGAUUCUGCUGGUUGGUGUAGACAAUAUUGAGCUAGAUUGACCAACUUAGUCUGACUUGGACUAUGUUCAUGAAAGACAAUCUUACUCGGCUAUGAGUGAUCGCCAAAGAAGAAAGAAGUACCUUCCUAGCUUCUUUAUCUUUACCUUCUUUAUCUAACUUUAUCAUGUCACUACAGUCCUAUGCAGAUAGCUACCUAUUUUCCAGAACUUCUGAUUGCCCAAAUGUUUUGGAAUGAGACACAAAUGAUUUGGAUGUAGUCCUGCAAAGACAUAGUUAAAUAAAAAUGAACAGCUAUAAACAGAAUCUAGGUAAAGGUGAUGUAACUUGGACAAAUGUAAUUCAGACUUCUUUAGUAUUAUAAUAUAUUACUACUGUAUUGUUGUGACAUUCUUUCAUAAUUAAACCCCAAACUAUAUGCAGAAUGCAGCAUGCUUAGGUUACAGGUGGAUUAAACAGGAAGUGUAGUUGAAAACAUGGCUUGUCAACUAAUGGAGUAAUUAACUAUCCUGUUUUAUAUAAAAAGAGCCAUUUUCCAUUGGACGCAACUACUGGAUUCCUAAUUUAAAAUAAAUAUGCAUUUAUUUCCUCAUUUGGAACAGAUGACGAGUGAUAAUGAUCUACUUUAAUGUGAUGGCAGGAGUGCAAUUCUAAAUUCAAAGAUCAAGAAGCUUUCAAAGUCUAUCAACUAUAUGUUUAUAAAACUAUCAGAUAUAGUCUCAAAAGGGACUAUAAGGGAUAAGGAGAAAAUGCUGUGUGGUUUCUUCCAAGCUUCUUGGAGGAAAAGGAAUUAAGGAGCAAAAUGAGUGAUACCAACUUCACAUAUACACAGUUAUGGUGAUGGCUGCUGCUGAAACACCUCCGAUCUGCUCUUUUGGGGGUAGGAUCUAGCAAAGCUUCUCUGUUCUCUUUUCUUCUGGAGUGUUGGAAGACUAUCUGCAGCUGACCGUGAAGGCAUGCAGGGGGGAUAAGGGUAACCAGGAAUCCCUUUGCACAUAUUGAUUUCCAUUGUGUAAGCGGGUGGACAUCAUUGGAUGUCAUCCAUAUAGUCUCCAUCCUAAGCGCUACAUGGAGCUGUCUAGGGCUUCACUUGAAUCUUUGUCUUGACUUUUCUGCAUACUGCUGAGGCCAUUGCUCAAAACAAAUGCCUCAUUCUGAAAUCCUGAGCAAAGUGGUGGUGUGGUGAUGCUCCAUAUAGCAUUAUUAUUAUUAUUAUUAUUAUUAUUAGUCACCCAUCUGACUAGGUUGCCCUAGCCACUAUGGGUGGCUUUCAACAAAUUAAAAUAGAAAGAAGUUAUUAAGAAUUAAGGAAAUCCUAAUGAAAAUAUUCAACUUUUGUUACUUGAGCAAGGUUCUAGCUAGUACUUUAUCUGUACUGUAGUAAUAAAUAAGAUUAGAGCAAAGGAGUUUUAUUAGCAAAAAUCAAUGUUAACAUCAUGAUCCCUGAAUCAUGAAGCCAGAAGGCACCUCCAGAUUCUACUACAGCUGCAGCACAUGGAAAUUCAAAAGAACACAGGACAGGAAAGAUGAUGCACUCUCCAGAGGCUUUCUUCCUACAGACCAGCAUGAAUACUAGCAACUAACAUUUUGGUCCUGUUCUGAAUAGGAAAAGAUUGAAUAAAAUGCAUACCUUUCAUUUCCUGAGAUGUGGGGCAGUAGAAGCUGUCUGAGUCACAAUGACUUGGGGAAAUAAAGGAGAAAGGCCACAAUACUUGCUGGUAACUGAAUUAACCUGGUUUCUCAGCAAGUAGAGGAAAAGAUGGGGGUGGGGAAUGAAAAUAUGGUAGUCUCUGCUUGGGAAAAUUUCUUCUCCAGAAGAGAACAAAUCUUUUCACAACAGUCCUACAUGCUCAGGUUCCUAGUUUUGUGUCCUUUGCUUUCUUAUGUUCUUAGCCAAAGAUCCAGCCAGGAAAUAUUAAUAUGAUGAUUCUUAAAGUGAUUCAGCUAUAUGUAAAACCUUUUUGUUGUAAGAUGCAACCCUGAAUUUGCAUGAGUCCUAAAUCAGCUUUGAUAUAAAACUGAAUUUGGGCGAGUGACUAAUUUAUAAUACAGUAUAAUUGCUCUCUCAUGUCAUCUAAAGACCGUGUAAAAAUCAGCCAAGAUGUUGUGGUUAGAAAAUCCUAUGUACCCAACAUAAUUGUCUCUUUUUUUAUAAUGUAAUGGGUUUGACCAAAACAUACAAUUAUUACACAACUGUAUAUAAAUGAUUCAGCAUUCUGUUGAUUCAUCUUUGUUGUGUAACUUCAGAAAACUUUGAGAAAUACAAGCAUCUGACUGUAUGGAGACAGGAAACAUUAGGACAAUCUCCCUGGCAUUUGAAUGCAAAGUUCAGAUAUUUGAACCUUUCUUCACAGGAAUGAACCUUUGUAAUAUUUAUAAUAUUUAGUAUUAUUUGGCAUAGCUAUAGUGAAAACAUCCCUCAAAAUAUUUAUGAAGGGGCAGGGUCUUUCUAAGUGUGGCAAUAGUGUUCUGAAGCUCCCUCCCCCAAUAAUCUAGGUUGACAGUUUUUCAGUUAAUUUGAAACACAUCCUUUUGGUGAAUUGUAAAUAUAUUUUCAUUUUGCUACAAGCAUAUACUCUACUGACACAUACACACUCUCAAUUAUUUUAUAUGUAUCUAUGUAUCUUUUAUUACUUGUAAGUCAGCUUGAGGGCCAGUUUGACCCAAAUCAAACUGAGGAGGCAUAAUUUCUGAGAUAAACCAAUAAAUAAUUUGAGUAUUUAAGAGUAAGCAUAGUAGUUGGAGAGUGCAAUUGCACUGUGGAUUUUAGAGUUGUCUGAUGUUCUUUGAUGAUAUCCUCAGCAUCUAUUAGCUAUCCCUAGUUUUCAGAACUAGGUUUCCUAAAAUUCUGUACACCAGGUAAAAUAGAUACACCAGCUUAUUAGAUUGUGUAGUGGGGAAUGCAGGGGGCUUUCAGUCCAGUGGCCUCAUCCAGCCCCCUCUUGCAUAUAAGGAAUCUUGAUGCAAUGGUGCAAGAUGGAAUUUGUUUUAUGCAAAACCACUUCUGUUCACCAGUAACCUGAAACAGCAGAGUAACACGGAAAACUCUGUUCCGCUAUGAAGUCCUCUGGGUGGCCUCAGAUAAAUCACUAAGGCUACAAUCCAGUACAUAUUCAGUGGGGCUUAAGCAAUCCAACACUGAAAGAGGACAACCACUGCCUUUCUACUUAAUUUAUCUUACAGGGUUACUGUUAAAUACUGCUCUGAACUCUAUUUGGGAAGCACAAAAUAUAAAUAUAACAAAUAUAUAUAUCCCAGUAGUUGGGAGACAUUGUUCCAUUAACCACUCACUGGAAUGCAAAAAUUCACCACCAGUCUUAAGUAGUUUCCUGCCAACAGUAUAACCAUCUUUUAAUUAUUUUUUGGCUGGAUUUUGUUAUAAUUUACUAUCCCGCUUGGCCAAGAGAAUCUUGCCAAUACAGUGGUACCUCUGGUUAUGUACUUAAUUCAUUCCGGAGGUCUGUUCUUAACCUGAAACUGUUCUUAACCUGAAGCACCACUUUAGCUAAUGGGGCCUCCCGCUGCUGCCACACAAUUUCUGUUCUCAUCCUGAAGCAAAGUUCUUAACCCGAGGUACUAUUUCUGGGUUAGUGGAGUCUGUAACCUGAAGUGUCUGUAACAUGAAGUGUCUGUAACUCGAGGUACCACUGUAGUGCAAAGAUUUGGCUCAUGCCUUUGGGGCAUUUGACACAUGCAGUAUGAAUGCACAUCAGAGGUGGGUUUAUGGCAGGCGGCUCAAACCCUACGUCUACAGAAGCAUAUGCUAGAGACAGAGCUUGCCACCCUAGAAGAAUUUGUUCUAUGUACUGAAAAGCUCCAGUCUCAUGUGCAUAGAGUACAUUUUGACAAUCAGGCACCUGCUGAAGCCCAGACAGGAGCCCAGACAGAAGCGCUGCUUUCUUCACUUCCACUUUGUACAUGCGGUCAGUUAUCUCCGACAUAAACACACUUACAGUAAGAAUCUGGGAUAUGAUGUCUAGAUCAGCUGCUGGCGUUUCCUGGCCUGUUUUUUUCUUUCUUUUUUGCUGCUUUGCCAGCUUGGGAUUUGAAUGUACGUAGAGUUGCCAGUAGCACUAGUACCUUAGUAUUUGGAAAGACAGGUGUUGGUGCUCAUAGGGAGGAGGAAAGAAUGACUGACUCCAUGCUUGCCAUCUGGCGGUGGCAGUUUCCUCCUGGCUUGCCCCACCCUUUGGCCCUAGGAGCGUUCCUGAGAGAGCUGGUGUUUUUCUCUGGCCUGUUGUGUCUAGGUAUAAAUAUUCUUUUUUUUGCUGGAGUUGGCGGGGCUUGCUUUGGAUCUACUUAGGACAUGAAGCUCACUGUUGUCACUUGUCCUGUUGGUAAGCUUUAGGCUCACUUUUGUUGCAUUUUAAAUGAACUGCUAAUUACUGAGUUGUUUUGUGUUAUGCUGAAGUGAUAAUACAACUUCUGCCGUGCGUUAUGAUCAUGUGCAAUUAUUGUAGACUGCUUAUUUCCAGUAAAUCGUUUCCCCCAGUAAAUCACUUUGAGCACAAAUGUAUUUGUGGAAAAUGCAGGUAUGUAGCUAUGAAUAAUUGGCUACAGACUUUGCCCUGGAAGCCAAUUGUCCCGGCUGUGGUUACGUAAUGUCAAGAGAAAACACGGGGUGGAAUUUAACAUAGAACCAAGGAGAUCAUUCUAUCAGUGCAAGCAUUUCUGCUUGCUCUAUGGAACAAACUCUCCUCUAACCCUCCAAGGCACUUUUCUAGGGGGGUCCUCCCAACCCUCCAAAAUGGGUUUGGAGGGGCACACAGGGGCAGAAGACAGGGAGAAUCACCACUGCAUUAGCAAGAGUUCUUGUGCUGGCUUCCGCUAAAAGCUGAAUCCCGUCCACUCUCCAUUUUCUUCUUUAUUCAUAUGUUCUAGGGAGCCUUCUCAGCCCAGCAGACCAAAUCCAGAGCUCCCCAGCAGGCGAUUUUUACAGGUGGAUGGCGCUUCCCACCUGUCAAUUACCUGACAGCAGAUGGUAGGUGGGCAUGGCUUGGGGGAAAUGGCCCCCUACUGCUGUUCUAGGUGUGUGUGGAAAAUGGAGCUUGAGGGGGCUCUUUGACAAUCUGUUGCCUCAUCACCUGGAGCUUGUUCUGAUUCUAGCUUCCUGACCACAUGAUUACAAACACAGAUGAGUAAAUGUAGGAUUUACCUUCCGAUUUGGGGAUGCAUUUGGUUGUGGAGAAUAUAAAGUUUGUGUGUGUGUGCGCGCGCGUGCGCAGUUUUUGAGUAUAUUUAAUUUAGCAUUUUUUCAAUGCAGUCUGCUCCUCUAAAUGGUUUAUUCUAACUUCAGACUUGUUCAUCAGACUUGGCCCCUUCCCACCAACAACUCUCUGUUGAAUGACUGGGAAUAUUGACUGAAAUAUCAACAGCAAGGAAUGCUUAUAUACAGAAUAAACAAACUGAAGCCAUGUCACCCUGGCAUCUGUGUCAAUGGGUGGAAAAGACCUGCAGAUGGGCAGCUAGCAGCCAAUCUGUGCUUCAACUCAUGUUCCUGUGACUUUUUAAAAUCUGUGGUAUGUAAUUGCAAAUCUAUGCUCUUUGGGGUUUCAUUUGGCAAUUUAGUUACAUAUCCUUUACCACGCUACAAUGGGUCUCACCUUUCUCCUCUUCUCUGAUGGAUUAAUUCAGCCUUACCUACCUCACAGGGUUAUUGUGAAGAUAAAAUGGGGUGGAGAGGAAAUGUGUGCACGACCUUGAACUCCUUGAAGGGAAGGUGGGGUAUAAAUGCAAAAAUAAAUGCAAAAAUAAUACUAAUAAAUGCAAAGACAACUAGAGCAAUCGUGUCUUUGCAUUUAUUAUUAGUAUUAUUUUUGCAUUACCCACAAUUUUGGGUAAGGCAUAAGUGAUAGUUCCAACCAUUGACCUCAACAUGAAACAAUUUUAGUUCCAUGUUUUACAUUGCUUUGUUUUUCAGUACUUGCUGUUAGCUACAUAGAGAUCCAUAGAAAAACCUUUUGAUGGCUGGCUGGUUGGACUGUUUUCUUUUCCUUAGCCAUGAUUUGCAUAUACCUAUUAUACCAUGAUCCUGAAUUACAGAGAGCUUGAGAAGUCAUUUGUUCCACAAUGACUUCUCCUUUCAUCACUUCCCUUUAAUGCAUUUGCUCAUGGUAUUGUCAUUUAAGGGUAGUAGAGCAAAGGAUAUGGAGCGAAUGAGGGGAAAGCUUGCUCACACUUCCUUCACAAUUUGCACACUUGCUUAUAGCUGGGCAUUUGCUGUGUGCUGCUUGGGUUCUGGUUAAUGGAAAAGAAGAAUGUCACAUCUCAUCUUGGGAGACUGCUCCUCCUCCAAUUGGACUCUGCAUCUUGGAAACCAUGGGAUAUUCACACCUGAAAGUAGAAAGCCAUAUACUUAGGAAAACUCUGUGGAAAAGUGCUCUCAUCAAACCAGCUCAGGUUGCUGAGGCCUUUUUUUGCUUUUGUUUUUCAAAUAGCCCAGCAAAUCAAAGCAUGGUGUGAGCUGUUAUCAGGGCUAGGCAGCAGGUGCAAAAAAUAAUAUAGUAUAAUAAAUAACCAUGCUGCCAAAAGGUAGGGUUAAUACCCUUUGGAAGGCACUGAGAAGAUAACAGAGAGCCAUGCCAACAACUGAAUUAACGUCUCUGUUUACGGUGAAUUUUACCUUGACAACCCGUUUCCAGUCUUUUGACAUAUAAAUGCUCCAUUGUAUUGAAUCUAGUCUAAUUUAAAGCAAGAACUGUGAGAGCUAUUUUCUGCAGCAGCGUUGGAGGAGAAGCAUUGGGAGGGGGUGGGGAGAGCCUUCUUCCUUGAGCUGAUGAGCAUAAAUACCUUUUCCUUUCGCUGUUGUUGUGAGCACCACUGGUUUGACACAUGUGCGGUUGGAGCCUGAGGAACUUUAUUUGUGUGCCUGCUCCAUGAGAGGUCAGGAGGGUGGCAACACGAGAAUGGACCUUUUCUGCGGUGGCUCCCCAUUUGUGAAAUGCUCUCCCCAGGGAGAUUUCCCUCAGCCAGGCGAAAACAUUUCCUUUUAACCAGGUCUUUGGCUUCAGCUGAUUAACUUUCUAUGCCCUUUAAAUGUGUUUUUGGGAGGAUGUAUUAUUGGUUUUGGGACACAGGUGGCACUGUGGUCUAAACCACUGAGCCUCUUGGGCUUGCCGAUCAGAAGGUUGGCGGUUCAAAUCCCCACGAUGGGGUGAGCUCCCAUUGCUCUGUCCCAGCUCCUGCCAGCCUAGCAGUUCGAAAGCACACCAAAAAGUGUGAGUAGAUAAAUAGGUACUGCUCUGGUGGGAAGGUAAACGGUGUUUCUGUGAGCUGCUCUAGUUUCAGUGUCCUGUUGUGCCAGAAGCGGCUUAGUCAUGCUGGCCACAUGACCCGGAAAAACUGCGGACAAAUGCCGGCUCCCUCGGCCUGUAAAGCGAGAUGAGCGCCACAACCCCAGAGUCGUCUGCAACUGGAUUUAACUGUCAGGGGUCCUUUACCUUUAUUACUGGUUUUGUUUUGUUUUUAUUAUGUAUUUUGUAUUCUCACUUUGUGUUUUUAUGUUGUUGUGAACCACGCUGUAAUCUUUGGAUGAAGGACAGUAUACAAAUUUAAUAAAUAACAAAAAAACUUUAUUCACACUUUAAUCCCAUUGAAAUCAGUGGGACAAGCUGGCCGUAACUAACUUAAGUCCCAUUGUUUUCAAUAGAACUCAGGCUUGGCCAAUGUCUUUUGGGUCACCCAAUCUAUCAUUUUAAGGUUUUGUUUCUUCAGGGUGGCAUUCUGCUCACCACUCGGACAAGUGCAUGUGCAAAGGGGCUAACUGCAGUCAUUUUUAACAGCACAUUUCUUGAAGCUGCUGGUUUGAUUUCUACUUACCGUAUAUGGGAUCUGGAGAUGUAUUAAGAAAGAUAGCGAUGGCUGACGCCUUUAUGCAUGCACUGACUUGACACUGCCCGAAACUGCACAUGUCAAGCUGCCCUCAAUUUCUUUUUAUAUGUUGUGUUGGAACCGCAGCAGCAAAAUCUUAUAUUGCUUUCUUGAUCUUAAAUAACAUUUAUAGAAAAUGAGCAAACAUCUAGCCAGCGCACUCUUUAAGUCAACACCCCCUAGAAUAAGGCAUUGUAUUGAAGUCUGCUUCUGGAAUGCCAGACUAUUUGCUUAAUAAAAGGAGCAUGCUGCAUUUGCAAGCGCAAGAACAUAACAAGAGCCCUGCUGCAUCAAACUGGACUUCUGUGCCCAAAUGUAGGGAACGAGUGCACCAGCACUCUCCCACAAUCGCUUCCCUGCCUCUGAUCCUGCAGGUGACAUAUAGCCAUCACAAUUAGUACACUUCGGGUCGUAUCUGGUGUAGAGGUGGGGGAGAAACUGGAUUCAGUUCCCAUCUAAAUGCGAACUUGCCAAAUUUGCACUUUGUGAAACCACAUGCAAACUGAAACGCAAUCCUUCAAACUUUGCCAUUGUCCCCAUUUUUCACUGCAAUUCAAGAAAUGCAUAUGCUAGUUUAAAGUGUGCAUAUAAAUGUAUACAGCAGUGAAAAUAAAAUUCGAAAAUUGCAUUUAAAAUUGUGUAUGGGAGAAAUUUGCACUAAAAUGCUGAUUUUCCAAAAAAUAUUGCAAACCAAUGUGUUGAAUACCGAACUUAAGACUGGGAAACAGAAAGAAACCAAAACGGACAUCUUCACCCAUCCCAUAUCUCGUGGUGAAUUUGUGCUUGUGGAAAUGCUUAAGGCAAGGCACCCUAUAUUUGCCAAAUGCACUGUUCUGUGCCAUAUUCCUUGCUGUUCCAGUGGGUUCUCCAACUCACAGGAGAAGCUCUUGGGGGCAGGACACACAGAAGCUGCCAUUAGGUAGGGGAGAUCAAUCAAAACCAAAUGCCCUUUCUUUGCUCAGGAAAACCACCACUGAAUACAAUCUAUCAUAAGGUUGUAUGGUUUUGUCUAAUCUCCUUUUAAAGUUAACCAAGCUGGUGGCCAUUACUACAAUCUGUGGCAGCAAAUUUCAUAAUUCAACUAGGCAUUGCAUGAAGUAAUUCCUUUUGUCGCUCCUUAAGUUUUUCUCAUUAAGUUUUGUUGGUUAAUGCUGGGUGCUAAUAACAUGAAAGAAGAAGUGUGCAUAAUGUUAUGCACCUUUAUCAUGUCCCGUCUUGCCCCCCGCCCCAUGAGCCGAAAAGCCUCAAAUGUUGUAACCUUUCCUCCAGCCCUUGAUCAUUUGGGUUGCCCUUUUAAGCUAUUAAGCUAGACAGUGCUCUCCUUCAUCAUGAGAAUGCUUUCCAGAAUAUAUAAAACUAGCAUGAACAUUCGUAACAAAGACAAAGAAGAUAUUCAUUCUACCCAAAUGCCAAUAUGUAUAAAUAUUUACAUGACUAGCAGCCGCUAUUUGAACUGGAAUGAAACCUUCCACUCCCACUACUGGGAUUUCCCCCCCAAUGUGAGAGGGAAAUCUGGAUUUGGACCAAAACUGUGACAAAGGAUGGAAGCCCCCCACUAAUGGUUUUUCAGCACACAUGCACCUUUUGUACUUUUAAAAAUCAUUCAUGCAAUUGCACAGUGUCUAAUUUGGCCCUAAGAUUUUUCUGAGUAUUGUUAUCUGAUCUUACCAUGCUCAUUUGAGUAGGUGACUUGCACAAGCAGGAAUCUGUGUUUUUGAGCUGGCACUUAUAACAGCUAAGUGCUAAGCACAUCUAAACUGAAGAUAGCUAUGGACAGCUUCAGACUUCCCUUCAGACUUACCCUACCACGGAAUGAGCCCAUAGGAUUAAUGGGAAACCACAUGGGGAAACAAUAGAUACUUUUGACGUUUUCCUACGCCACAAGAAUUUUAAUCAAAAUGAACAACUAUGUUCAAUCCAGAACAUGUACAAUCCAGUGUACUGAGUAUGAUGUCAUCCAGAUGUUGUUGGAUGACAGCUCCCAUCACCCCUGACCAUUGGUCAUGUUGGAACACUUACAGGAAAUAGUAAAAGGUAAAGGUAAAGGUACCCCUGCCCGUUCGGGCCAGUCUUGCCAGACUCUAGGGUUGUGCGCUCAUCUCACUCUAGAGGCCGGGAGCCAGCGCUGUCCGCAGACACUUCCGGGUCACGUGGCCAGCGUGACGAAGCUGCAUCUGGCGAGCCAGCGCAGCACACGGAAUGCCGUUUACCUUCCCGCUAGUAAGCGGUCCCUAUUUAUCUACUUGCACCCGAGGGUGCUUUCGAACUGCUAGGUUGGCAGGCGCUGGGACCGAGCAACGGGAGCGCACCCCGCCGCGGGGAUUCGAACCCCGACCAUGUGAUCGGCAAGUCCUAGGCGCUGAGGUUUUACCCACAGUGCCACCCGCGUCCCUACAGGAAAUAGUAGCAUUCUAUAUAUAUUUUAGGCUAACCAACCAGUCUAGAGGAAUGUUUGCUCACCUGCGUUAUGAAGUAGCGACAGCUUUGGGGUAGAUUCAUAUAAAUGUAAGACUGAUAGGAAGAGAAGCUUGCUUAUUCAGGAAAUAGCUACCUACAGCAUCAUUAUCAAUGAAGGUAUUUACUUAGCAGGCCAAACUUAACACAAUUCAUGAUCAAUCUCGCAUCCAUACAUGCGUCAUCCUUUUCAAAGGUAAUCUAAGCUACUGGCCACCAGCUACUAGCCACUGGACUGAAUGCCAGCCUCAUCUGUGCUUUACCUGAAGGAAUGCUUCUGAUUGUUUGUCUUUUUCCUUAUAUAGUGGUACCUCGGGUUAAGUACUUAAUUUGUUCUGGAGGUCCAUUCUUAACCUGAAACUGUUCUUAACCUGAAGCACCACUUUAGCUAAUGGGGCCUCCUGCUGCCGCCGCGCCGCUGGAGCAUGAUUUCUGUUCUCAUCCUGAAGCAAAGUUCUUAACCCAUGGUACUAUUUCUGGGUUAGCGGAGUCUGUAACCUGAAGUGUAUGUAACCUGAAGCAUAUGUAACCCGAGGUACCACUGUAAUUAUAAACUAAGGUGGCAGUGCAUUAGUAGGUUAGGGUUACCCUGAUUUUUUGCUGAUUCCCUCUUUCCUCUACAGCCCACUACACCAUAUCCCAGGCCAUUAUGGAGGGUACAGUAGCUACCAGGAAUGGCUUUUGGGAAGGCAUGGGUGACUAGAGUGGGGAGAGAGAGGCGGGAAGUCCGCUGACUGAAAUCAGGAUCCAAGUCAUUGGAUUUUAUAUCCAUACCAUUUAACUUUAAGGGCUUUUAAAAGGUUCUCGCAAUAAUAACAGCAGGUUAGUUACUGCUGCCGUCAAAGAUGCUAAUCUUUUCAUAUGGAACAAAGUGUUAUAUUUUAGAACAGUAAUGUGGAUUGAUAGGGACCUGCUCAUAUUCUGUACCCCUUCUCUGGAUUGCUACUGAAACUCAUUCUCGGAGCACUCUGUCCUUCAAGCUCCCUCUUUUGUCCUACCGUUCUACAGUCAGCGUUCAUUUAUUUCUCCACGCAUUCCUUCUCUGACCAUCGCUAACCCUAUUUGCUUUUUAUUAAUUCAUAACCUUCCAAUCUUUUGCCAACUACAAUCCAUCUUCACCAUGGGCCAUAGAGCUGGGUGCCAAUGACUUGCGCCCUCCUUGCAAUGAGUUUUUGUUUUUUGUAGUUGUGUCUUGUGCCAUCACCCCAAUGCCUCACAGGAUGGGAGAAGAGAGGCUGCAUGGGAAGGCAAAGCACACACAGAGCUCCUACCUGCCACAAUGGUCUCAUGCAUCAUUGCUUGCUCAAAUGUGCCAAGAGUUGGUGGGUGGGGUUGCAGGACUCUGUGGUGCCCUAUGACUAAGCUACGUGCAGGUGCUGUGCCUCAGGGGAAGGAUCAAGACCUUUGUGUUUUAUAUCUUGGUCCCAUGUGAGUCCGGGAGCGAUCUAGUUACAUUCUGUUCUGGAAUCCAUUGUUGAUGAAUAAAUAUUCUAAUAUGAUUAUAUUUAUUAGGGUUGGGUUACAUAUGAAGUUUGGAGUGUAUUUACUUUCUUUAUUGUAAUCCCAGCAGCAUGUGGCUGAAUAGGUUGGAUUUGUCAAUUUUCAGUAAUGAUGGGCCAGCAGAAAGUGGCCUCUUUGAACCCUCUAGUUUGAUGGGGAAAGUCGCUUGAUUUAGUUCUCUGGAAAAGUGGGAAAUUAGAGUUGAGUAAGCCGAGUUGAGUGGCAUCCAGCGAACCCCAGUAAUUGUAGUUGUAAGCCUAACGCAAUCGUCGUAUUGCAGAACAUAUACAGCACUUUCUCCAAGCACAAUUUAUCAUUUUAUUUACUUGCUCAAAUGUUUAAGGCAUUAAGGCACCACCACUCCAAUAGCAUAAGAAAACAUCUUCCUCAAGAUCUUGCUCCUGGUAGCCAGUUCAAAUCUCACAGGCAUAUAUGUGAAAUUAAGAGUUUUUGCUCCAACAUGCAUCACUUUACACUUGUUUGCAUUAUUAACAAUAGAAAAAAGUGCAAGUCCAAAUACUCAUCCUUGGGGGACUUCACUUUCUACAUCUCCCCAUCAGGAGAACUUUCGUUACUGAUCCACAAGAGGAUCUCUUUUCCUAGUCCAUGAUUGUUAAAUUUACUCAGGAGUAUCUGGUGAGGUACCUUAUUAGAAGCUUUUUGAAAGUCCAAGUGCACUAUUUAAACUGAUCACCUCUAUCUAUAUGCUUGUUGGCACUCUCAGAGAACUCAAAUAGGCAGAAGACAUGUUCGCUCUGCUUCAGCAAAGCUUAUCCUUCUAUGUGCUUCGUUAUUUUAUCUUUAGCAAUAAUUGCCAAAUGUUCUAGGGCAGUCAUUUAGAGAAUCUAGAAAUUUUACCUCAUUGUCAUGACCAGUCGAUGUGAGGAUAAUUGAGGUUACCCAACAUUGCAACAUUCCCUCUUUUGGAUACUUCAUUCUUCAGUCUAAUACAAAACAGUCUUGUAAUUGCCUCAAACUCCUGUCAGAUAGAAUGCAUACAAUACAACCUGUAAUCUCCUCCAAAAGGAUUGCCAAUCCUUCCUCAGCUCUCAGCAAAAUAUUAAAAUUUAGGAUCUGAAUUCAGUGAGCUUCCUCAUUAGCAAUUGUUCAUUUAUGAUGAAAAACAUACAUAAAUAAUUAAAAUUACAGAUCACCUUAUGAUGCAUAUAUGUUGAUCAGUCAACAUAAUGCCACAUAUAUGCAUAUCUUAAUUAAGAAAUACAUAUUCAAUCCUACAAAAACAAAUUAGAGUUCACAAGCCAUUCCAGAUUUUCAGGCUGUGACAUAAAAUAAAAUACUACAAGGGCAUCAAAAAUAUAUUUACAUAAUUUAAACAUACAGUUUAUUAAAAGAAAACAUUGCAGACCACUUAUUCCUUAGCAUUUUCUAAAACUAAAAGACUCAGGGCUGGGUUCAAUUAAGAAGAACUGAGCUCUGGGGCCAGGGCAGCCUGUCAUGAAUGCUCUGGGAGUGAACCUGAGGGAAGGCCAGUUCCCAAGGGAAGCCCUGCAUACAAGUCUGCCUGCCAUUGGCCAGUCUGAAGGCAGGCUUGGGUCCAAUUCUUGGCCAGCGAGGUGAAUAUUCAGCUGGCUGGGCAGCUCCAGCGACCAAAGGCCAGGCCAGACCAUGGUGGGGGUUGCCAGGCCUGCAAUGCUGCCAAACCUUGUAAGGCUAAGACAUUUUCAUUCACCCAGGCCCUUAUUAAUUCAACUAAGCCAACGUGCUUGUGGAAGCAAGUGCAAGGACUCCCACUAGUGCAACAGGGCUUCUGGGAGAACCCCAGAACAGCAUGGAGGAAGGAGAGGGGAGAUUGCUCUGUCUGGCAAGCAGAAAUGCUUGUGGUGAUGGAACAUUGAAUUUCUCCCUCUUUUGUAUCUUCAUCUGCUGGGGUUAUUUUGGUAGGGUGAUCUGUUGUUCAACAUUGGGUAGGAGGGAGAUUAAAAAUUACUGCUGGGCGUGCCCAAGUCCCUAAAAGAUAUUCUGACCACAGUUUUCAAAGUUUGGCGUGUAAACCAGCAAAUGGCUAAAAUUCCUGCACAAGGGUGAUAUAAUCCACUUGGCCCACACCUUUCAAAGUUGGAACAUAAAGUAGAGUAUUGGUAGCCCACAAGCUUCUCUAUUCUAAAACCAGGAAUUGGUGGUGCAAGCACCCAAAUCAGAACAGUUUGGUCAUCACAGCUAAACUACUGUUGUUGAACGAGUCAACCUUGUACACUCCCCACACUGUGAUAGUAUUGUUCCCUACAUAACAUUCCCAGUGUUUUGGUAUUACACAUGUCCUGAUAUAGCAAGACGAUCCGAAUUGCCGCUAAUCAAAACAAGAGUAAUUGAUUUCAAAUGUACCAUCCGUCAUCAUCAUUGUCAUCAUUUGUUAACAGGGUAAAUUAAACAUAUAUAAACAAUGAAACAGAAAAUGGAAAACAAUCUAUAAUGCAAAGGGUGGAACUCAACAUGGUUGUAAUUGGACUGUUCUGUCAGUGCCAAACAGAAUGAAUUCCCCUCUCUUCCCCUGCAUGCUGUUCUGGUGGUUGUCCUGUGGGAGUAAUAGAUAGCACACAGGGUGGAAGGAGAGGAGGAAAACCCCGUUGCACUAGUAGGAAGUCUUUGCACUGAUUUGCACUAGUGCACCGGGUUAGUUGAAUCCAGCCCAGACUAUCUAAAAUGCUCCUCCAAUAACAUAAUAAUCACAGGUCUUACCCACUCUAAUAAAAGAUGAGAACCACCAUCUUCAUUACCUGAGGAAAGAAAAGGUCUUAGCCUUUUGCCUAGAAUGAUGGUGGUAGUGCCAGGUGUGUUUCCGUGAGGAGAACAUUUAGCAGAUCAGCAUUUCUGGGUAAAUGUAAAUAGUCUUAAGCCUAUGAAUUCUGAAAUUUCUGUUCGACUGAUGUGUGUGUGUAUUGCCUGAGAAAUAUAUUUGUGUUUCUUAUGGAUUACUUAUUUAUUUCAAUGCAUUUCUAAACUGCUUCAUAAUCUUAAAAUCUCUAAGUGUGUACACUAUGUACAAUACAAAAACAAUGUCCAUGAAAAAUAAAGAUACUGCCUACAGUCAAUAAAUCAGUAUAAAAACAUAAAUGCAAAUAAGGCAGAUUAAGGGGAUUAAUAGACAAAAAUCAGGGUCCAAUCUUAUGGGUCAGGGAAAGCCAGGACGAAAAGAUAAGUCUUUGCAAGACAUCUAAAGCAACUGAUUUUUGCUGCUUUGAGUAUGCCAGAGGGAAGGCUAUUCCACAAAACAAGGGCAACAGCAGGAAAUGCCUGUUUUCAGGUCCCCAUCCUAUAAUAUUCUGUAGGGUGCGCUACCACAAAUAGAUUUUCACCAGAUGAUCUAAGUGAUCUUACAGGUCUGUACAGAGGAAAGUGGUAUUUUGGGUAACCUGGUUCUGAGUUGUUGAUGUCUUCAUAUGUUAACAACAAGGUAUCGAAUGUUGCCUGGUAAUUGAUUAUUCAUAGGAAUAUAGGUUAGCACAAUGCUAAGGGGCAUUGUUGUAGUCUAAGACGCUGAAUGAAAUAUUGUGGCUACUGGAAAUGCUUCUUAAAAAGUAGAAAAUUUUAUGACAGGUCUUCAUGGGAUAUGGGCAUCCAUCUAUCUCGGGACACAGUGAGGGAGUGUGCCUUGGGGGGGGGGUGAGGUUAAUCUGUUAGAGAGUUAAAGUGCCUGCUGUGGUUGUAGAGACCAAUUCAGGAGAGACAUGUUUGGUUGCAGCUGGGUCAGAUGAAGGUGUCCAGUUGUCCCGCUGCAGAUACACCAUGGCGUUUCUUCCUCUGAGCUCCACCCAGCAGCCAUUCCUCCUCUGGUCACUGCUAUGGACGCACAACCUGUAUGUCUCCAGGCACUGUGGUCGUCUGCAAGGGAUUCCCACACAGAGUGCCUGUGCCCAAAGCCAGCUCCUCAUAGAGCACACAUCCUUGGGGAUCCUGCCAUUUUCCAUUCGGUGGACAUGACCAAGCCAGCUAGAAGUUGCCAAGACAGGAGUGCGAACUUGUUGGGAAUGUGUCCUUGGGGGAGCACAUCUUUGUUUGAGACUCUGUUCUGCCAUGCAAUGCCUGGAAUCUUCCUGAUCCAUGUGAAGAUAUUAAUAAUCAACAAUUCUUAUGCAACUUCUUGCUGGGCUUUGCCUUCUCUUCUGUGGAUAUAGCUAUUUCCAAGAACUUUCAAAUGCAAUGCAGCUAGCUGCCCCGCCUGGCAGGAUCAGGAGGGCUGCUAAGACAGGGUUUGGACUGAAGUGCUACUCACCAUAUACUGUAGUCCCAUUGCUCUUCAUGACUAUCAUUGGUUGGAUUGGGGCCAUUAGGUGUGAAACAAGUUAGUUGGUUAUAUUUCUAAUCCCGUUUUCAGGCAACUAUUAUUUCCCAGGAGUUCACAUUAAUCAAAAAUAAUGAGAGACAGGCCCUGGCUUCAGGCUUAUGAGCUAAAAGACAAGAAAGUAGGGAGGGAAAGAUAUAAAGAAGGAAGGUCAGUGUGACAAUGUCAAAACAAUGUUGUGGGGUUCAAACCGGAAUUUUGCUUUCAGUUUGGCCCUGGUCUGGUUUUGGAAGUAGUAAAACACAGCCUAGGGAGGGGGCUUUACAGAGAGUUGGGACUACCAUCACAUCUGCAUCCCUGCCAUGCAUGGUGGCCAGGGCAGAAGGCGGGGGACACACAGAUUGCUACACCAACCUGGAACUAGUGUAGUGUUUGGGACUGGAUCAGGACCAGUAUUGUCAUGUGACAACAGCCUGCCUGGUUCAGGAUCCAAUGGACCCUGAGUUGGUUCUGGCCCACCAUUUCCCUGCCCCUCAAAAGCACUGUUUGGGGGCUUUAUACAGCUUAUCAACAGUGGCACACCCACCCACCGGUUUGGGCAGAAGGAGAAGCUCUAUGCCAGGUUGGUGGCUGGUAGGUCAUGAGUGGAAGCUACCAGGGCUCCAAAUUACCCUUCCCCUGUCCAACGCAAAGGAUGUUUGUUAGUAAAACUCCACAAUACUUUUGACCAGUUGUUUUUAUUAUUAUUAAAGAUUUUCUUGAUUUACAAAAGUGUUUGCAAUGUGUCUCGUAUUUUUUCCCAUGUAACAUUUUUACAAAUCAGUUUCAUUUGUUGAGACAUUAGGUAGAAAAGGGGGAAAGAGGUGGAGGAGGGGCAAGAUGGGUGGGGGUGGGGUCGGGUGGUGAUGUUUCUAGUUUACUUACUAUAUGUAGGGUUUGGUGUCAGUGUUGCUUGUGCAGGUUCUUUGCUGUUUGCUUGUGUUCCUUUGGUGGUGAGAGAGGUUGGGGUUGGCCUAGGGUGUGGUUAUUCAUUUGUGGUUGGCUGUGGUGGUCUUUGUUUUCAUGUGUGAGUGGGGUGGGUGGGUGUUUUGGAUCAGGUUAGCCAUAUUGAUUUGUAUGCUGUUGGUGGAUUAUUGUCGUUGUCUUGUUGGGCUGUUUAUGUGAUAAAGGGGAGCCAUACCGGGGUGAAGGUGUCUUCUUCUAUUUGUCCUCAUGUCAGUUUCAGUUUAUUGGUUAAUUUUUCUAGUAGGGCUGUUUCCCAUACUAUUUGAUACCAUUGGUCCAUGCUGACUCCUGACAGGUCUCUCCAGUGCCUGGCUAUGAUGCUUCUGGCUGCUGAAAGUAGGUGGGUUAUGAGUUCUUUGUGGUGUAAGUGGGCAUUAUUGUCUUGGAAGACGUUUAGUAAGGUCAGUUCUGGGGUAGUUUCUAAUACUUGCUUGGUUAUUUUACUUAUUUCUUGUAUGUACAAAUUUUAAGAAAGAGACCAGUAAUUCUAUAAAGCAUUGAAAGCUUGUUUAGAACCAUCUCUAGAUUCCCUGACGGAAACUUGGGAAACAGAUGCUGGUUUAACAGUUCAUAUGAAUCAAUGGUGAAAGCCUUAAGAUCUAUUUCAAUGUCAUUUUGAAAUACUGUAUUGUUAGACUGAUCCAGUGAAUGAUUGCAUUUAGUAUUCCCAUGAGACUCUGGCAGAAGAAUUUGGCAGUGGGUAGUAAAUGUUGGUUGGUGCUGUGUGGCUCCCAGUGCUUUUCUAAUUCAUAUGUUAUGGAGCUGUUGUUAAGCCUGGAGGUUUUUCAUAAAUUAUAGUAUAAUUCACAGAGUUGUAUCCAUGGAAAGCACGCCUUUUAUGCAAAAAAUCUUUGAAGUAUUUCCUAGAGCCUGGGAUUGAGAAGAUGCACACACAUUAUUGUUAAAUCAGGCUUUUCCGUUUUUAAAAAGUCUCGUAAUACUUGACAUCAAAUGUCUCUCGAAAUAUACAACGUUACAUUUCUGUUUUGUGUGUGUUAGCAGUCUGAGAGCAAAUAGUGUUUAUUAAGCAUAGCAAGGUAAAACAUUUUGAUAACAUUUAGAACACUUUCUUACAUUGUCUUUCUGCUUAUCUUUGGUCCAACUUUCUGUCUAGUUGUCUAUUUGUUAAUCAAGGUUAAUCUUUAGCCUGCAUUUUAUGUUGACAUAAUAUAAAUGUUGUUUAUUCCAGAUGUCCGCAUAUAUGACUGAAAAAUAAGUUUUAAAACACUUUUUAAAAAGAGUGCACAGCUGUUCAGAACUUAAUGUUUUUUUGGCCCUUUAUUCCAAAGUUUUAAUGUUUAAAGUCAUCAAGAAAUUAUUGCACAAAUUGAGGGAGCAAUCCAAAUUUAGGGAGUAUGUGCUUUAUUUGAGGGAAAAUAUGGUUUUAGUAUAUAAAGCUUUUAAACUCAGGUUUUGGAGCGUCAAAUAGCACUAAGUACAUUUUACUACUCAAAGAAAGAUCGGGGGAGGACAUUCAGCUUUCUUUCUUUCUUUCUUUCUUUCUUUCUUUCUUCCCCUUAAUGUCUUUCAAAUGGCAGUACCGUAAGUAAAGGUAGGUUGCUGUCUUUUUUGUGUGUUUUUUUGUUUUGUUUAAUUCUGCUUCCUUCCUUAUUACAGCUUACUCUUUUAUGGAUGGGUGGCUGUAGUAACUUGAUUCAUGCAUAUGAAAAUCAGGCACAGCAAUGUUUUGCCAGUAGGAAGUUUUAUUUCAGCCAGAAAGGGGUUGUGGCAACUUGUUCCUAACCUGGGCUGUGGCAUUUACCAUUGUUUGCUUUUGAUGGGAUAUUCUUGGUAUUUGUGGAGCAAGAAGUUUGAGCUAAGUCAGCUGUUUGGUUCAUUUGCAGAUCAUGAUUUUAGAAGGAACUGGCAGAAUGAGUCUUAAUUCAGUCACAAGUCUUCUCCACGAGCAGCCAUCCUGGACAGAUGGAUACCCCACAUGUCAUGGUAGGAAGAAUUCACCCGUGGUGAUCUGUGAAUCGACUUGGGAGUUGUAAACCUUUAUCUUGCCCUUAUUCCACUUGGGGGAAAACUAUCCAGUCUACUUUACUGCAGUAUUAAUGUUUGCAUUACAGUUUUACUGUAUUCCUUAAAAAAAAAAAAACUUAAAAAUUCCACGCUACCAAAAUGGAAUGCAGUGUAACCAAUGCAAUUUAUAUUCCAUGGUAAUUUAUUAUACCCUAUUUAUUCCUGCUAUUUAUAUGGAAGAUGAUGAUUAUACUCUAUAUAUCACAACAUUUUUUUGGGGGGGGAACGGUAAGUAAAUGAUAAAAGUAAAAGUAAACAGUAAGUAAAUGAUAAAAAUCCAUCAAUUAAAAACAACAGAGUAAAUGAACAGAAUAACUAUAAUAUAAUAUAAUAUAAUAUAAUAUAAUAUAAUAUAAUAAUAUAAAUUUCCUGCAAAGGAGUGUACUGUCAACAGCAGCCAUGAUGCAUACUGCUCCCCAAUAAACACCGCAUUCUAAUCUAGCCAUGACAUCAGGAGAGAUCAUUUGUACAACUUGAAAUUCUCCAUUCCAAUUCUGACUGUUUUAGUUAACACUGAGUGGUGGUUGUCGGCACUGAAACUCAGGAUGCCACCUAUGGCCAGAAGUUAUUUGGGGUGAGAUAAACCUCUUCAUUUGGCACAGGACUGAAAUCUACACUAGACUUGCUCUCAAAUAGGUCACGUAUGUAGGACAGACUCAUUAAAGCCUUUCUGUCAUUAAAUGCUAAGCAAUUAGACUAAAAGCCCCUAAUUUCUGUAUGUAGAAUAUAUUCAGGUGUUUAUUGGAGACAGCAGUUUCCAUUGAGUCUGCUGUUGACGGUAUACACUUUUUCAUGAAGUUGAUUUGAGAUAUCUAUCUAUCAUCUAUCUAUCUAUCUAUCUAUCUAUCAUCUAUCUAUCUAUCUAUCUAUCUAUCUAUCUAUCUAUCUAUCCAUCUCCCUAAUUUCUGUAUAUAGAAAUAUAUUCAGGCUGUGAAUCCAUGUAGAUCUAACUUUUAAAACGUUUUCCUUAACUCUAAAUAAUCCAUUUAUUUAUUGCAUUUAUGUUCCACCUUUUUCUCCAAGGAACUCAAGGUAACAUACAUGGAUCUCCCUCUUUUUAUUUAAUCCCCACAACAACCCUGUCAAGUAGGUUAGGAUAAGAGGCAGUGACUGGCCCAAGCUCAUACCCAGUGAGUUUCAUGGCAAAGUGGGCAUUUGAACCAUGGCCAACAGGACCUAGUCUGACAUUCUAACCACUAGCUCACAACACUACCCUUAAACCUGGUCACAUAACGUAACUAUUAGUCAGUUUUCUUCUGACAAUUCACCAUACAAUUAUAUUUCUCCAAUUAUUUUUUUAAAAACUAUCUCUAAAAGAAUUUCUGGUUAUUUUAUUUUAAAAUCCUCAUAACAAACUCUUAUUGCCAACUUUCCUUUUAUCAGCCAUGUUUCCUCUUGAAAUUGAUGCUUCACAGUUGAUCCAGUUUUUGAGUUGUCUGACAAAAACAGAAUUUCUCAGUAAGGAUAUCAGAUUCUGAAACUUCUUAAGAUUCACUUGUAGUUUUGAAUACAAACACACCUAGGUUCCCAAGUCAGAUCUUCCUCCAAAAAUCACAUGAAGUGUAGAAAAAAAGAGUCAUUUGCUUGUCCAUUUUUUUUACCAAUUUGGUUAUGCACAUGGGUGUUGCCAGAUGGGGCAAAUGGGACACGUUUUGCCUAUCUAGAAAUAUACUUUGCCCCUCUUCUGUCCUCCCACCCUGAUCCCACCUCCCCUGGUUCUGCCACUACCUAUGCAUUAUUUAGAUUUAGAGAAGCUAGACUACUCCUUAUAUAAAAUGAGGUAUAGGAUAAAGCCCUUGCAAAUGUGAUCCUCCAGACACAAUGUAAAUAAGUCAAGAGAGAAUACAUAUAUUCUGAGUGUAUACAUCUCCGUGCUCCUGUGUUGAGUUCCUUUCAAUUUUUCCAACUGGGAACAUAUUGACUAUCUUAUUUUAUUGCAUAAUAAAGAACUGAGGCCACCAUCACAGUUUUUAAAUAAUUCAAUCCUCUGGUAAUCUGUCCACUUUAAGAUACUGUUGCAGGCUUUAAGUGAUGACUUGCUGGGAGAGAGACUGCUUGCCUACAUUUCAGAAACACAGACUAACUCCAAAUUGACAGUGGGAUGUUUAAUAUUUAUUCCUUCAAGCCCUGUGUGCUUGCAUGCCCAGAUACAUGUGCAUACACAGAUAUGCUGUUGCACAGUAUUGUUUACUUUUCAGGUGGCUGUUUUUUUAAUAUAAAAAAACCCCAAUAUUUCAGAUAUUGUUUUAUUCAGUAUUAGUAUACUUAUUAAUAUUUGGAUAUUUAAGAAGCAGCAUAGAGUUGGGCCUUGAAGUCCAGGGGAGGGAAAACAUUUCUGCAAAUGUCAAACCAGAUCUAAAAUAUGCAUAAUACUGACUGGCUAGCCCAAACGAUCUUGCCAAGAAAUGCCCCUUUGGAGCAGUCUUGCACUUCAGAAAAGUUCCUCUUUUUAUUAAUAAAAGCUGACGAAUGAAUGGAUAAAUUACACACACACAUAUAUCCCUGUGUAAAGCUCCUUGAGAUAGAUGUAAAAACCGAUUCAAUCUAUCAAUAACAAUAGCUAUCAAAAGGUGAACAAUACGCCAGAAUUAUGCAGACGGAGGGACAAGGCACAUGCUGGCUGUGUGUCUGCCAUUUCUGCUGCGAAGUCAAGAGGAAGCCAGUCAGUAUGUCUUGUUCGCUAAUAUGCUAUCUGAGAUCUCUGGCUUCACCGAUAGAAUGCUUGUAUUUAGAACAAGAGCAACAGGAACAACAAAAGUGUUUCCAAAUUUCCAAAGCCUUUUAUGAACCCUAGAGCAGAUAUCUAGACUAGCUUUUCUGUCCCUGCACUGGAACUGAAAACAGAGGAGAAAAUUGAGUUAGAGAGACUUGGAGAGUAGAGACUCUGUAAUAUUGAGCCAUAUAUGAAUUUCGAAUCCCCACGGCGGGGUGCGCUCCCGUCGUUCGGUCCCAGCACCUGCCAACCUAGCAGUUCGAAAGCACCUCUGGGUGCAAGUAGAUAAAUAGGGACCGCUUACCAGCGGGAAGGUAAACGGUGUUCCGUGUGCUGCGCUGGCUCGCCAGAUGCAGCUUGUCACGCUGGCCACGUGACCCGGAAGUGUCUGCGGACAGCGCUGGCUCCCGGCCUAUAGAGUGAGAUGAGCGCACAACCCUAGAGUAUGGCAAGACUGGCCCGUGCGGGCAGGGGGACCCUAUGAAUUUAGGAUUCUAUAUUGCUGGGGUAUUGCCUUCUCAGGGUUGGGGUGGAGGGUAUACUGCUUCUUUCCUGUCAUCCCUCGAGGAUAGAUCACAAAUAAUGAUGGAGGAGAUGGUUUCUCCAUCUCAUGGCCUUUAGCCUGCAGGGUGGUUCAAGGGUCUAUCUUGGUGCCCAUUAAUAUCUACAUGAAACCACUGGGUGGAGUUGCCUGGAGAUACAGGGUGUGGUGUCAUCAGUACACUGACAACACCCUACUCUUAUCUCUCCUUCCCAUCUAAUCCUAGGAAGGCAGUAAAAGUUGUGAAUGGGUGUCUGAGGUCUAUGAUGAAGUGGAUGACAGUAGAAAAACAAACAAACCCUAAUCCAGAGAAGAUGGAUGCGCUGUUGACUGGAAAUAUGGCUGGGCCUGGAAUAGGUGCACAGUCUAUUGUGAAUGGGGUUCGACCCACCCUGAAACUCAGAUUUGCAAUAGGAUGUCCUCUUGGAUUUAGUGCUGCUCUGAGAGGGUGACAGCAGCCAAGAAUGCUUUUUACCAGUGAUAAUGCCAACUGCAUACUUUCCUGGAUACAAACAGCCUCGUCACAGUAAUUCUUGCCUAAUUGCUAUAGUGACAUCCAGAUUACUUUACUGGAAUGUGGUCUACAUGAGACUGCCUUUGAGGAGUCUUAGAGGCUAAAACUGCUUUGGAACACCAAGAUUUUGCCUGGGGCAGUCCUUGGUAGACAUGGAGUACCAAUUGUGAUACAACAAUGGCUUCCAGUUGGUUUCUGGGCCCAAUUCAAUGUUAGCUUUGACCUUGAAAGGGCUAAAUGGUUUCGGUCCAUAAUAUCUGAAGACUAGGGGCUUUUUUUGCAAGUGUAUUCUGCAAAAUAUGUCAUUGAUUCAAUAGCAUGCCUUAGUGGUGGACUUAGACUGUAGUAUCUACACAUAACCCCACUUUAUUAGUUGUUCUGCAUUGCUUCCCCAACUUUACUAUACUAUUGCCAUCUGGAGGGGCACUCUGGCACUCUGGCACACACACACACACACACACACACGAUAAAAAUUAAACCAUAACAGCUGUAGUAUCAAAAAGAUUUCAGCAGGAUGUUGCGGGACAUGUACUGAUUGGAAACAAAGCAGUGUGUCUGCCCCUCAAACCUGUGUAGGUGCAAACAGUAUUGAAAGUGAGAUUGCAAUUUUUUUUUAAAAGACAUCUGGCGGGGCCUGAAGGUUAUCAACACCUGAAGUUCUCUCUCUCUCUCUCAGACACCUUGUUCUCUCACCUUCUGUCAUACAAUGGGCAGUUACCUAGGACAGGGCCUUUUCAUCAGUGGCACUAAGAUUGUGGAGCUGCCUUCCUAGGACUCACUUCGCAGUGGAUUUAUAGUAACUAGAUAGAAGCUGUUCAGAGGGUCUUUGGGGACUUCUGCUUUUAUUGUAUUUUUACCACCUAAAAAUACUUUUUUUGCUGCCUUUUGUUGCUACUUAACCAGUUAUAGUAUUCUUUCUUCUGCUGUUUAAUUAUUUGCUGAUUAAUGUUUGAGUUGCAUCCAAACAAAUUUUACUCAGACCAGACCCAUUGAGAUGAAUGGAGCUAAGUAAGGCAUGGCUUUUAAUUUCAAUGGGAGAAAUGCAUCUCAGCUUGCCAGAUAAAAUAGUGUCCCUUCUCCUCCCCUUGUGUGCUGUUCCGGGGGGAGGGGGGGAGGCAAGAAAUCUGUAUAUAAAAUAAUACUAAUGCCAUUUUACCUACAUUAUUUGCUGACGAUCAGGCAAAUGACUGGAGUUUUUUCUUGCAGCAUCAGGCAGUUUCUUUGGAACUCAGUGGCAUGAGAUACACCCUCAAUACUGGACAAAGUAUCAGGUCUGGGAAUGGCUUCAGCACCUUUUGGACACCAACCAGCUGGAUGCCACCUGCAUUCCUUUCCAGGAGUUUGAUAUUGGUGGGGAACAUCUGUGCAACAUGAGUUUGCAAGAUUUCACCCGAGCAGCAGGCACAGCUGGGCAGCUUCUUUACAGCAGCCUUCAUCACCUGAAGUGGAAUGGUAAAUAAAGCACACUAAAGUAUCAGGGAUUCAAGACCGGAUGUAUACAAUUCUGUAAAUUACUUGUUCCUGCAUUGCACAUCAUUGUUCCACGCAGAAUUUGCUUCCAGGUCUGAUGAAGUAGCAGCUGUGUCUCUUGUGGCUGGAUUCUGACGGUGCAGUCAGGGCUGUGGGUGUGAAAGAUCGUACUGCACAAAACCUUUGCUUAGUGAGAAAUGAUGAGUUCAGUCAUGUCCUGUUCUCCCAUCUCUCAAAUUUUACUAGCACCCCCUUCAGUUUUUUAAGGAGAAGCUUUCUUCACACCAGGUGUGGGGAACCUCUCUCAGUCAGAAGACUGUGUGCCUGGGUGGUGAGCAGGGCUAGAGGUAAAAGUGGUCAGAACAAUGGUGGUGACUUUUACCUUUGUACAGUAGGCUACCGUGCAGAUGUCAGGGUUUUUCACACACAGCACGCCUCUCCACAUUCCCUCCGUUCAGACAAGAGGCAUAAGCAGAGUUCAAGAGCACAGUCCAGCCGGGCAAAAACACUCAAAGAGGACGAGGAACAGAGACAGUGAGGGGUGUGUGGCCUGGAAAGAGUUCCGGGGACCAGAUAGAGAGGACAGGAGGGCCACAUUUGAAUUUCGGGCCUGAAGCCAUAGCAGAGACACUAGCUUCUCCAGAGGAUCAGGCCCCCCAAUGUGAUGCUGCGCAACAUUAUCUAAAUAUUGAGGGGGCCAAACUCCCUAAAUUAGGGGAGCCAUAAGUGUCUCGGUCCCUAGGAGUCAGCACCUUUAAGCCCUACCAUUUCCAUUGCUUUCUAACUUUACGUGCUUCAUUGACAUCCCUCCUUAAAACUUGUAUGUGAACUUUAAAUUCAGUGUUACCGGGAUAACAUUAGCUUACCACUCAGUUUCUGUAUUGAUAUCUAGUAUGCUAAUGAUAUGCAGGUUAAAACAUGCCCUUCAUGUUCCUUGAAACACCUUGGCAUGAUAUCUGCAUAAGUGCAGCAUUCAUUGAGCCAGGCAAAUUCAUCCUAUUUCAGGUUUUACGAACCUCCAGCAUCUCUUUUAUAUGGUAAUCAGGGCAAUAUCAGGUCUUUAAAAUAGCUGAAUAUCAAGACAAAGUUUGUAGCAAGGCCUUCACAUAGCAAACUGAAUAGUGCUGAGCAUGAAAUCUAUGCCUCAGAGACCAUGCUGGCAGUCUCAGAAUGGCCCCUUUAGCUGUACCAAGUAAAUAGGGAGGUGCAAGCCAGGACGUGUGCAAAACCAAAGAGGAUGGGCAGGGAAAACACUGAAUGUUUCAGGUAAAUAUAAACCUAUAACUUUGCAAAGGUUUUAUAUAGACUCCCAGCCCUUGUGAAUCUGAGACUUGAAAAUGUAUUUUCAUGAAUUCAAAGUGCUGCAUUAGGAUAUGGUUGCUGAAUGGCUGAGGGCUGUUUGCUGCACAAAAACCUCUCACCCACAGGUGUGUUUGAUACAUGUGUUUGCUUGCGAUUUUGAUGUGUGCAUGCCAAGGAGCUGGGGGGGGGGAAGAAUCCUGUGGGAAGACACUCUCAUGCAGAAAUUAUAAAGCAAGUGACUGCUUUUCUUUCUCGUUCUGCUAUAAACCAGUGACUAAUAGAGCUGUCUGAUAGCAUUGGUUCUUCUUGUCGAAACAGACCAAUUGGUUUGGUUGUGUGUGUUUAAAAUCCUGCCCAUAUGUAUAUUGAGCUGCCCUUUGCAUUCUCUUGCAGGCCAGUGUGGAAGUGAAAUGUACCCUUCACACAAUGUCAUUGUUAAGACAGAACAAACAGGUGGGUGAUGCCAGCAAUAUUGAUGUCCCAAUCAACUGCAAACAACUCCAAAUAGAUAUGAAUUAAGAUGAUGAGAAGAAAUAAAGACAGGCACAUUUAUCUGGAAAAGGACAGGGAAGCACAUUUUGAUGUUACCAAAAUAAUAAUAAAAUAAUAAUAAUAAUAAUAAUAAUAAUAAUAAUAAUAAUAUGCACUAAAUAUAAGGGAAAUGAUGUGAGUCAACAUUAAGCAUUUUAAAAGUUUCAUUGAUCACAAUAGAUGAGAGUCAAGCAUGUUCUUGUAUUUCUUGUUGAAGUCAAUGGGACCUCUUGUGGAGCGACCACAUAAAGAAGGGCCUCAAAUUAUGAUUCCGUGUCGGUUCAUAUGGGGAGAAGCGUUUCUUGAGGUAUUGUGGUCUUGAGCCGUUGAAGGUUUUAUAGGUCAAACCCAGCACUUUGAAUUGGGCCUUGAAACUGAUUGGCAGCCAGUACAGUCAGGCUAUGGUACAAUGCUACUGACAUAGUAUAUGUUCUUAUCAAGCUUAGCUUUUUUUCAGAUAUCCCUUUCUUUAGUAGAGAUGCCAUGGCAGUGCUGGAAGUGUAAGGGAACAUUUUGAGCUUCACCUUUAGAACUGAAGGAAUUUGAUACUAGUAUUGGCAAUCUAGACAGGGCAAGUUCACCCAAGUCAAAAUCCAAGGUGAGUGGGGAUACCACCCUCCACCAGACCUGAGGGCAAUGGGCUAGGUUAGGGAAUGCUGGAGAUGUUGAAUGGCUGACACAGCUCUGUCCUUCGGUGCACGUUGUGGCUUUCCCCUUACCAACAGAUUUGUCAUUGACUUUAAACUAAAGUGAAGAAAUAAAAAGGAAACAAAAAGUGCACACAAAGUACAAACCCCCCUGUAAUUCCGUACAUAAUUGUCGAGCACAAAGGCAUAUGAGAUGAAAUUAUCAUUCUAAUACAUACACAUUUAUUUAUAACUGACUACAUUAAUACAUUCCAUUCCCAGUGUCGUUUUAUUUGUUCAUACACAAUCUAUGGCUAUGAGCAAUCUGCUCGCAUGUUGCAAGAGUUGCCAUAUUUUCUAUCCAUUGAUUAAAGGGGACUGGUUGAGUGGAAUGCAAGCAGACCAAUAGUUGGUGGAGACAAAACGAAUGACUGGCAGAGCCAAGUCAUUGAAGUCUUGUCCCCAUCCUUCCUAGUCUUGUCCCCUGACAGGCAGUGCCAUCCCUUGGACUAGCUCCAUUCGCUCUAUUGGACAAACCUCCACUGAUGAUGACUCUUUUUAACUUUCUGUAAAGGAAACAAACCGAAGCAGAAUGCUACUGGAGAUAUUCUGAUACCGUGCAGAACUGCAAAAAUAAAAAUUCUUCCAAGCCCCUCUUGGGCGAGGCUUGUUUUUAGAGCAAACAAUGGGUAGAUCAGGUGUCUAAACAACAAGAGGGUGUGUGCUAUUUGAAGGACAUAGGUUUGGGAUGCCCAAACACGUAGCUGGUAAGCAGAAGAUCGGCUAAAUUCCUGUGUCAUAAUUCUUAACCUAGCCAAGAACAAUGACUUAGUAAGUGAUUCAUUUUCAGCUGUAAUCACAUUCAUGGCUUUAAAAGACAAACCGAUCCCCAAAAUCACCUUGUAUUUUGAAAUACAAACAAAAACAAACUUAACAGCUCCAAAUAAGUAACAUGUGUUUGUACAGAUUGAUGAUACUUUUGUAACAAUACAACGCUAGUAUCAUGCUUGUUAUCUGUGUGCUACGGCUCAAAAGGAAAUUUUGGAAGGUUUUCGAAACCUUUGUGUUUUUCUCUGUUGCAGCAAUACAUUUUGCUUCUUGCAGUUCAUUGUGAGGGUGCCAGGUCAAGACUUUAGAAGUUCAGGGCAACUUCAGGCUCAGUUUCAAAUGUAGAACAUGUGCAGAAUUCUUCAGUUACAAUCUCUCUUUCAUCGUCAAAUCACUAUGAAACCACUGGGCCAUAUAAAAUGCACUGGGAAUGAAUUUAAGUGAGAAAGGUUUGAGCAGGGCCAUACCUAUCCUCUUGCCAAAGCAGUUGUUGUCACACUGGUGGGGGGGGGAGCAUCCUCAUGGGACCAGAUCUGGCUGAAGGAACAGCGACCUGGACCUGGGUGUAGGAGUUAUGAUGAUUGGCCAAGGAGAGCUAAAGUUCCUUAUCUGCAAAGGGUACCCAACAAGAAAGAUCAUGACACAUGGAGGGCAGAAUACCUCACUCUAAACAUCUAGACCACUCAGUUUGCCCCACUACUUUUUUAAAAAACAAGUGAGACAUUCAAAUGCUUAAGUUUGUCUGGAUUUGUGCUGUGUAUUCUGAAUAUGGAGCAUUUAAAAAGUUGCCUUACCAACAUUGACUCUUGUUUCUUUUUGUUUGCUUGUUUAAGAUCCAUCUUUAAUGGCGUCAUGGAAAGAAGAGAACUAUUUCUAUGAUAGUGGAUAUGGUGGCACAGUAGGUAACUAACCCAACAACCUAUAAAGCAUUUUCAAAUGGUUCUGGGAUCCUCUUUUAACAAGACAUUACAUCAUUGUUACUCUUUCUUUUUGAAUCCUUAGAAUUAGUGGACAGCAAAGCGUAUUGUCGAGCACAGAUUGCAAUCAACGCUACUAGUCACCAGCCUACUGGUAAGCAUAUUUAACAUCUUAUGAUUUACAGUGGUACCUCAGGUUACAUACGCUUCAGGUUACAUAUGCUUCAGGUUACAUAUGCUUCAGGUUACAUACUCUGCUAACCCAGAAAUAGUACCAUGGGUUAAGAACUUUGCUUCAGGAUGAGAACAGAAAUUGUGCUCCUGCGGUACGGCAGCAGCAGGAGGCCCCAUUAGCUAAAGUGGUGCUUCAGGUUAAGAACAGUUUCAGGUUAAGAAUGGACCUCUGGAAUGAAUUAAGUACUUAACCUGAGGUACCACUGUAGUUCAGAUGCUUCAAAACCUGGGCAGAGUCAGACAGCCACCUCAUGAUAUCUGAUUUCUCCAAAACUGGAAUGAAUAUAAACAUUGUUUUGCAUGUGCAUGGUUCGUUGCCAGUUUUGCGCAUGGUUCAGUAUGUAUAUAGACUUCAGAAAAACAGACUUGUCUGUGAUCUGAGAAUUAGAAUGAGAGUGGCUGUCUCUGUCUUGAUUCUUCCUUACUACAUUACACUUUGAGUUGGUCAGAAAUAGAAGACUAUGAGCUGAAUCACACCUGCACAUUCAUCACAAGUGAUUUAUUUAUUUACUGUUCCAUCCCCCUCCUUCUUCCUGCAAUGGGUUCAAGGUGGCAUACAUGGUUUUACCCUUUUCUAUGUUAUCCUCAACCAACCUUGUGAGGUAGGUUAGGCAGAGAUACGGUGACUGGCCAAGGUCAACUAGUGGAUGACUUAGGAUUUGAACUUGUCUUGCCCUUGUCAAAGCCCAGCACUUAACCACUAUGGCACAGUGUGCCCAUGCUGUGGAAUUUGCAGUGCUUAAUGGCUUCCUUUCUUGCAGCUGUUAAGGCACAGGAGCUCUGCCGGCAGAAAAAGAUGGCCGUCCUAUUUUCAAAUAGGCUAUUAACAAUGGCAGAAAAAAUGCAUUUGAGUGUUUAAUGUCAUUUUGAUCUACAGCAGCUGUGCAACCUGAUUUAUCUCGGUGCACACACUUCAAACAAGUGAGCUCAGCAAUUGAUCACUCUUUCCCUUUUGCUGUCCACCCAUUCUCAUUAAAAAUGGCUGCUAGCGCUUCAAAUCUUUCCUGACAGUGAUGAGAUUCAGUCAAGCUCCCUGUUGUGGUGUGUUUAUCCACUUCCUUGUUGGGCCUAGAGAGGUAGGAUGGCAUGCCAAGGCCACAGCGCUGUAAAAACCAAAGUUGCAUAUUCUGAAAAAAACACCGAUGUGGCUUUUCCCCUGAAUCAUAUGCAAUUACUGUGAGCACAGUUCAUAGUGUUGGUGCUGACCUUUAAAGCCUUAAAUAGCCUUGGCCCAGUAUACCCGUAGGAGCGUCUCCUCCCCUAUUGUUCAGCCUAGACACUGAGGUCCUCCUCUGAAGGUCUUCUGGUUCCCUCACUGCAAGAAGCGAGGUUACAGGGAACCAGGCAGAGGGCCUUCUUGGUAGUAGUGCCCUCCCCGUGGAACACCCUCCCUUCAGAUGUCAAGGAAAUAAACAACUAUCUGGCUUUCAGAAGACAUCUGAAGGCAUAAGCAGAAAAUAAAAAAUAAGAUAAAUAAAAGAGAGGGACACCAACAAUAUGUCUAGAAAUAGGGUCAGUGCCAAGUAAUCAGGGUAUAUGCUAGCAAUCCUGCCCACAAGCUGGUCAUACACAAGGCAGCCAAUGACCUCUCAGUGAUGGAGACACACCCCAGCACACAAUUCACACCCUCACCCACACCAAGCAAGAUGAAGCCACAACAACACCAGUCCACAAGGCCCAGAUGUACAACCAGUCCUCAGGCAGGGAUUAUAAUAUCUUUAUCCAGCCACUCUUUUAGGAGCAUAACACAUGCUCAAGAGAUGGAAGAUGUGAUAUGCAGCAAAGUGCCCAAUUGUGUCCUGGGAAACUUACACACCCCUCCCUGGGACAAGAGUUUCAGACCCACCCAGAGAGGAAAAGAGCCUUUUGCCAAUUGGCCAAGGGGAAGGACCGGGAGAUGCAAUAAGGAGAGUCACAAACAUACGCUGACAUCAGUACCUUCUAGUGUCUCACUGUAUAGGUUGGGAAGCAGGUGAGGAGAGUUUGAGGCCCAUUGGAGGAUGGGGAAAUAUGCCCCAAUAACUGUUUGCAUGCCUGGGAAAACAAAGCAGUUGCGUUAGGAGUGAAGGAUGGAGGGAACGUCUGAUACUUCAACCCACACUGCAGACACCACUAAGCAGCAAUAGGCAGCAAUAAGACAAAUCACAGAGCAUUUGUCUUCCCUGCACCUGAUUUCAACAGUCGGUCCUCAGCGCCAGGAGCACAGAGGUUGCAAGAAGACUCUUAGGUGGGAAGAACACCUACUGUUUUCCAUUCUUGAGUUCUUUGGCUCAAACCCAGAGUGCACUCUCGUAAAAGGAAAAGGAGAGGCCCUCCCACAUUGAGGCACAUUGAGCCAACAAAUUGAGGAGCAAAUAGCCUGGUUCCUCCAUGUUCCAAGCAACCCCUUUUGCCUACCACUCCUUCUGGUAGGUAAAUACAGCCCCAUGCCACACACUCCCCAUGGCAGUGUGCUAUAAUUAGGUACUGAGUCCUCUGUUCAGGCCAUUGAUGUGGGCACAGCUAUUUUUGAAUCCGUGCCCUUUUUGACUGAAGUCAAUGGGGAGGGGGUAAUUUCCUGCCCCAGGUCUGGAUCUAGUAUAAAUUUGUGCUGCCAACGGAUCUAUGGGCAUUGAUUGAAGAGGUAUAGGAUCUGGAGCAAGGGUGCUUUCUCCCUUGUGCUGUGCACAAACUUCAUGCAACUCUACCCUUGUUUUAGCUGCAUUACAGGCAUCUCUUCAACCACAGAGCAGCUCUGCCAACCAGGAUAUUCUGCAGGAAGGAAUCACAGGCAUUCCACUGGUUCAGAGGUUUUCAACCUUUUGGGGUCUACAGCUCCCUUGACCAACUACAUUCUUGGGGCUCAGGAGCCCUGUUAUAUCACCCCUUGCCUACAGAGCCAACAGCCCCUCACCACUUUUUGAACACCCUCCCAUGUGGAGUGUUCCCUCAGUCUCCUCUCCCCACUCCUUGGGAGUCCUCCAGGCAGCUACUGGUCUCUGAGCUGCCCACCCUGCCCCAAAGAGAGGUGCCUCCUCACACUGCCCCACAGGGGCCUGGGAAGCACCCCCUGGCUAGCCCCAGAGGCACCAUUCACCCGGGGAGCUUGGGCACCAUUCACCUGGUGAGCUUGUAGGCAGGGCUGCUGUAAGAAACAGCCAUGCAAGUCUUUGGGAGGCAGAGAUGUGAAAGACCAUCAGAGGAGGGAAGGAAGGAAGGAAGGAAGGAAGGAAGGAAGGAAGGAAGGACAGAGGCCAGUGUUGCCCAUGGCACCCUGACCAUCAUUCAAGGCACCCCAGGGUGCCAUGGCACACUGGUUGAAAACCACAGCACUGGUGUAUCUGUCAUGAUGGCAACAUAGCUGCCAUUCUGCUGGCACAGCAGGGCUUCUACCGGAUGCAAAAGCCUAUUUAGCGAGCAGAACUCCAGUAUAGGAUUGUGCCCUAAUUUCAAUAGAAUAAAAUAACUAGAUAAUUCAAGAGUAGUGAGGAUUUCUUUUCCCUAGGAGAGUAAAUUUAAAUCCCUCAGAGUCUCAUUCUCAGGGCAAAAUUCCCAAUGGAAUUCGGUUUUAAGGCUGGUGUGCUUCCAUAAAGGCAGGACUGUCAAGCUUUAAUUAGAUUUUGGGACUUUCCCACAAGCUCAGCAAAUUGUACAAGAGGAUGGUGUUCUCUGAACUUGACAAUGCAGAAGGAAGCACAAAUGUAAUUAGCUGGUUUUCAGCUGUGGCUACAGAUUUCCAGCAGAACCUAAUGGAAGGCCAUUUUCCUGGAGUGCUUAUCAGUGUUGCAACAAAAAAACGUUCGGACAAGUUUGUGCAGAAAGCCUGGCAGUUACUGUAAGUCAUCUGCACAUGCAAAUAGCUAAUUUCCAUUGGUGACUGUUUAUACAUGUGUGUAGGUGGAAGAACACAUGUGGGCUUUAAGCUUCUCUGGCACUGAUCUCCUGCAAGGCAGACACAACACAGGUUCCGGGCACUCGGUGAUGUGCCACUGAUAAAUGGAAACAGAUUGCCACUAGUAGAUUAGGCAGGCAAGCCUUCGGCUUCUUUGGCUUGUUUUUAAAGUAGUGAGUGUUCAGCAUACUAAGUGUGCUAAGUGAACAGAGAGAAUUUCUACCUUUCAUUACUCUGGAACUUCUAGUGCUCAGAAAUCCGAUUUCCCUCCCUCCUCCCUCCGGCAUACUGUUGCAUCAGUAAGGGGAAGGCGGACUUGUCCAUGUCCAACUGACAACAAUUCCUAACAACAUUGUCUCUUAUGCCCCUGAGACUUGUUGAUUGUCCCACUUCCUGAAAAAUAGGGAUGGCUGAAUCUGUCAAUUUUGCUUUCUCCAUUUUCAAGUUGGUUCUCCACAUUCCACAUCAAAUUAUUUUAACUGAUUUUUUUUUACUGUGGAUUUCUCUUAUUAAAAACAUUUUUGUAUUAGGUUUUGACUAAUAUACCGUUUUGCAAAGUGAUUGCCUCUCUUUGUAUGUUCUUUUCAGUAGUAUAGGCACCUCCAUGCAUGCUUUGCUCUAGUGUAUUCAUUUUUGUACACCUUAGUUGGCUGGGAAACUGCAUUGCAAAAUUCGGGGACAAUGCAAAUUUCAAAGGGUGGUUGUGUUUCAGUCCGUGUAUUGUUUCAGAAAUUGCAAAUGAGGUAGGUCUGCCUGUAACUAGUGAACUAAACCCAAUUUCUCCCCCAUCCAUACUCAGAAACACACAUUAUGUGCUCAGGUUGGUUGAGCUCAGUGCUUUUCUUCUAGGGGGGAAAAAGUGCCAGUACUGUGUACUCUUCAGUACCCCUAGGAAAAAAGCACUGGUGAGCUAAAGGGGAAAGGUGCCUUGUCCUGUGGCUCACAGCUGAGGCUGAGUAGCUGGGAGGCAAGUAUGAAAUGGUGGAGUUUGAGAUAGAGGGUAUCGAGCCAGGCAGUGUUAGGAACAGCCUAAGGGAGACCAUAUAUGUCAAAGGUUGGUGUCUGGAGUUGACUGCCUUUGGUAGAUGGCAGAAGGAGGACAGCACAUCGGGGUGGUAUUUUGGAGUGUCAGAGUCUUGGAGACUUUGUUCUGCUGGGGACGGCAAGAGAGACAGCAGCUAGAACAUAUUAUUGUUCUUGAUACUAUAUUGAAUACAUAAUUUCCGUAUUUUACAUUGUAUAUUUGUUGUUUUGUUGUGUGAGUUGCUUUGAGUCUUAUUUUAACUAUAAUAAAUCUAAUCUAAUCUAGGCUGCAUUCACACAGCACUUUCUUCUAUUUCCCCAGGGUUUUCCUAACUGUGAAUUUCUGCAUUGUAUUUGAGUUAACAAAUGAAGUAAAAGCCACUUUCAUAAAUCUAGUGGAAUGUAGUGGGAGAUUAGCACUCAUUUUUGUGUUAAUUCCUUCUGAGUAAAAAAUCUAUUUGCAGCUCCAUUAACCCAGAAAACUACAGGGGUAAAAUGCUGAAAUUUGGGGUGCUGUACUCGCAUACAGUUCCUGCUGUCUUUAUGGGGGAAAGAUGGGGAAACAGAAACACACAUGUUUGGAAAAGAUGAGGGAGUAGCAAUGCUGUCCAAUGUCCACUAGUAUGAAUGAAAUUUAGUUUAGCAUGCCAGUAUAUCAGUCAAGAAGCCACAGUUCCAUAAUUCAACAGGUACCACAGUGUGAAAGGCAUAUUAGAAAAACAGGACAGAAGAGCUGACAUUAUAAUCAGGAAAACUAAUACAAUAUUUUCCAUCCACCCCUGCUAUUUCGCCACUACGCACACUUUGCAUUAGAUCAGUUACCAGAAAAUAACGAAGGAGGAAGUCUUUAAUAUAAUUUCUGGAAAAUAAUGGGCUUACAGAGGAUACGACAAAGGGUGUGGCAGGCCUAGCAUUAGUGUGUCAUUUAAUUUCAGUUUGGUCUGAGAUAAGUUUUCCUCCCUCCCUCGCAAUAUUAGAACUUGGAGUUAUUCCUUCAUCAAGUUGACUGGCAGUGGGUUCAAGUGUGAGAAACGGAAGUAUUGCUUCACCCAGUGUGCCCUCCACUUCUGGAGUUCACUAAUGCGGUGAUAACCAUAAACUUAGAAAGGCAUAUACAUAUGCAUAUACAUAUAUAUAUCUGAGGCUUGUUUGUUUAGUAUGAAGGUCUGGAGAGGUUUACAGGAUUCCUUGGGGUCAGGAACCAAGAACGCUAGGCCUGGGAGUGGAAGACUUUGCAUGAGCAUGCCUGGCACCAGCAGUCAGUCAAGCAUUAGCCAAGAGCCCCAGUGAUCAAAAGGGCCCUUCAGUGGCCUGACGUGGCUGUUAUUGCCCUCAUUGCUUGCCCCCGGGGUAUCUGUUUUUACCUUGGGCAGGUAGCACUAUUGCUUUUGAACAGGAGCCAGCCUUGGUUCUUAUCUGUGGUAGCUGCCUGCCAUUUUAAUUUACCUCAGAUGCAAUGACUCAACCUUUAGAUCCAGGGCCAAUGUGUUUUGGAUCAAUUAAAAUGGUAGGCUGCUACUAUGGAUAGGAGCCAAAUGAACCUACCCUAUUCUUUUGAUUGUAUUAGUUUUAAACUGAUUUUAAUAUUGUAUUUAUAAAAUGUAUGUAACCUGCUCUGGGGCCUUGUGGUGAACGGUAGGUAAGAAAUCAAAUUAACCUGCACCAUUAUGCUAAAAUGCUGUCUGGAUACCCAGCAAGGAAAGCAGUAAUUGCUGCUGCACAAAAAGGCAAGUUGCAUAGUGUGUGUGUGUUGCCAAGCAGGGGAGGGGGCAUCCAUGGUGAGGACCCUCCAAAAUUUGCUGCUGUCCUAGAGUCCCCCUACCCACUUUAGCCCUUGUGUAUCCAGGCUGAACACCUGAGGAGGUGAAUAUCCAACAAAGCAAGCCUAACAUUGUCUAUAUGUUUUUCCCUUGCUGUCUUGGUGCUAAUCAUUAUCAUUUCUGCACCCUUCCACCUCUGCUAAUUCAACUUUCAAAAGGCAAAGGGUUCAAAGAAAGGGACUGGGAAGAAGGACAGGAAGAUUGUGCCUCUUUAAUGAAUUACUAGUUAUUUUAUGCUCCUUUCUGGUGUUCAAGCAAAGCACCUGGUUCCUGUUCUGAAUGCUCCAGCUACUUCUUCACUUGACUACUAUAAUACACUAUCCAUUGAACUGUUAUAAAAUGCAGUUUGGAAACCUCAAAAUGCAGCAGUUCUGCUUUUAGCUGGAACCAAAUCGCAAGCUCACAUAGAUCUUGUGUGACCUUUACUAGCUGCCAGUUUGUUCCUGGGCUCAAUCCAAGUUGUUGGUUUUGACCUUUAAAGCCCAAAAUGGUCUGAGCCUGGGUUAAUCUGGGAGUUUCUCUCUCCAUAUAUUAGUUAGAGCAUUAUAUGUUAGAUGGGGAACUGUGGUACUUUACAUAUUAUUGAAUUCCAGCUCUCGCCAGCCACUGUUAGCUGAGCCUGUGGCCAAGGAUGAUGAGAGCUGUAGUUCAGCAAUAUCUUCUGGAAGGCCACAGCUUCUUCAUCCCUGACUUGGAUCAUCUGGAUAAUAUUGCCCCUUGUUGCGGUACUAAUAUGCAUUUUAAUUCGCCCCCCUCCUCCCAGUGCUUAAAAAAUAACCAGUGACAAGGGCCACAGACUGAGGAUUGUAACUGAAAGAAAUGUAAUAGUUUAUUGAUACACUAUUGUGUUUAUUGAUAGGUAAAGGAAUAUUAAAUAAAUAAUAUUAUGAACUUAAAUAAUUGCAUAACAAACAAAAAGGGAAAAUCAAUCAAUGUAAUAGACAACACAAGGCAAUGUAAAUAAACAAUAAAAAAGACAGAUGAUGGCUUGGGUUGUGAAAAUUCCUCUGGGUGAAAUUCAUUGGACCUAUUUAGUGGAUGCAUUUAAGCACUUUGGGAAAACAUUUUUGUUCUUUGAGCCUUUUGUGAUUUUGGAAAGUGACAACUUUAUUAGGUUUCUGCUGCUUUGUUUUCAAACAGAUUUGAAGGUUUGGCACUGAAUGAAAAUGUACUUUUAUGCUAUGUUUCUUCAUCUUGCAAGUUACUUUGACAACAGAAUAGAAACAAUACAUUUUUGUGUAGAUAAAGCUUAUCAUGUGAUUGUUUCUAGAACAGGGGCAUGAGUGUGUGUGCCAGAACAGGUAGAAGAACUGACCUACCCCCCUUUUCUGUUACAGAAGAUGCUUCAGGGCUGAAAAAAACACAAGACCACCUUCCAAAAUCUCACAGCAAGAAACACAGUAAGUUAGCUACUACAGAACUAUUGCCCUGUAAGGUGGGGCUGAUCAAAUAUUUACUGACAUAACAGAUAGCGAAGAGAACCAGAUCCAACAGAAAAUGAAUUGCACACAAAAUGCCCACUGUAAACUUCAUUAGAAUUUAAAUGUCUGAGAAAAAUACCUGAAGGUCCUACUCUAUUACACUCUUUUAAGCAUUAUCUCCUAGGGAUAAAUGGCAACAUGAUAGCCUUGGCUAUGAACAUCCCCUUCACCUUCACUGUCCAGUCAAAGUAAGGAAUGCACUUUAAGACAUUUGUUUGAAUGUUGUAGCUUGCCAGCUAUGCAACUUUAACCUUCUCCCACUGUAUCUGGAGAUGAGUUAGGUGGUUAGACAACUACAAUGCUCAAAAAAACACACAACUGCCCUUUUUAUCUGUUCCUAUAUUCCCAUGAGGGUGACCAUUCAGAGUCUGAUACUAAUUUGGGAGUUCUUCUCAGAAUGUCCCAUUUGAACUGGGCUCAGUUGCAUAUUUUUCCUUCAUUCAAAGCAGACAAGAGUACAGGAAAUAACAUCGAACGUAACCGAUUUGUAGAAAAGACUCUACGAUCUGAAAUUAGAGACAAAAACGAGUUAGGUAUUUGUCCUUAGUGAGAACCUCAAUGCUACAAAUAAACUUGUAGGAGAUGGCUUGUUAGCCAAGAUGUCAUUCUUUCAUAGAAAUGUAAACUUUGUAGUGGUAGGCAUGGAUUGAAUCUUUCAUUGAUUAAACAUUUGCCAUUGGUGGGGAUGGAGGAAAUAAACUGUAUGUUGUUCUGCUUUUCAAACUGUCCUCAACUAAACAGUUAGUGGGGGGUGUUUUAGGGAAAUGUGGCUUGGUUGAGAAGGAUCGAGCACUCUCUUUCCCCUUGUCAAUUAUCCACUGCAAAUUGCUUCCCUCUAAGUAUGCUUUCAAAGGCAGAAGGAAGAGCCUUUGGGCUUCUUUAUACACAGCUGCAGUGUAGCAUGUCUUUUGUCUGACACCAAAUGAUGCUUCCUGUGGUCAGAAAAUUUUCUAACUCUCCUAGAUAUAUAUGCUUGUCUAAGGACAAUAUACCAUCUAAUUUUUCACCUGUUCAGAGAACUAUUGGUUAUUUUGUAUACACAGCAUAAGGAUGACCUCCUAUUAGGAAAUGGGGGGGGGGGAGGAUUAUCCCAUGUAGUAGUUGUUGCUGUGGAUAACUUUUCAUUGUAACACCAUUUUAUUUUAGCUCCUCGAGGGACUCACUUGUGGGAAUUUAUCCGAGACAUUCUCCUGCAUCCAGAGAAGAAUCCAGGCUUGAUAAAAUGGGAGGACCGGUCUGAAGGCAUCUUCAGAUUCUUAAAAUCUGAGGCAGUAGCUCAGCUGUGGGGAAAGAAGAAAAACAAUAGCAGCAUGACUUAUGAGAAACUCAGCCGUGCCAUGAGGUAGGUUAACAAGAAGGGAGAAAGUUUGGGCACAGAGUAACUGUGCUUAGUUUCGAAUCCUACAGUGUGAUCAAUGUAUUUGAUAUAGAGCAGGAGAGUUGAGCACGUGGCCCUCCUAUAUUUUGUCCAAGGCCCAUUGGCCCAGCAAGACCAAUGGUCCUGGAUUUUGGUAGUUAUAAGCCAACAUUUGGAGGUCACUGCUUCCUCAUCCUUGAUAUGGGAGUUCCAAUGAAAUAUAAGUAACCACACCGACUGAUAUUUGAAAAACUGUGAUGCAUGAUAUUGCAAAAUUUUGCAUGUAGCCUUUUAUUGGCCUAGUGGCCAUCACAGAGAAUUGUCACAAUUCCAACCAAGUUAGGAAUACUUAAAUCUCCGUGAGUUAAUUGGUUUCAUUGAUUUAAAGUAUGCCUAAUUUUAUAUUGAUUUCAUAUUGAGCUGUUACUUUGAGCCUUUGUGUUCAGUAAACUAAUGAGUCAAUAUUUGUUGGGGCAGUGGGAUUACACUUGCCUGUUCCUGCUCUGACCUUCACCAGAAAGUGGGUGGUGGGUCUGCCACAGUAGCUUGUGGGUGGAGUUUGGGGUUUCUAGACUGUGUUGCACUCCUGAUCACAUCAUGCAGUGGGUUCUGAAUCCCCUCUGAAUCAGCCUUCAAAUAAGCUCACCUAUUUUCUGUUUGGGGAAGAGGAAUAACUUAGUUUGCCAAAUCCAAUUUUAAUUUGAGUUCGGGGGAAAUUAACCCACCAUUCAUUAGACAGUUCUGAUAUAUCCAACUUCAUUGCUCCUUUUUAACAGAUACUAUUACAAAAGAGAAAUUCUCGAACGUGUAGAUGGUCGGAGACUAGUAUAUAAAUUUGGAAAGAAUGCCCGUGGCUGGAGAGAAAAUGAGAACUAAGGAUCCACUUUAAAAACAACUGUACAAAUUUUCACCAACAGGAACUUGUCAUGGAUGUAAAUAUUUCAGAGACUAUUUUCUUCUAUUUAUGUACAAAAAAUUGAGGGAGGACGGGCAGAAAUCUACUUCUAAUGGGAAGAAGGAACACUAUGGUUUAUUGAUGUUGAAGUUAUUUUAUUUGACAUAUGUCCUUCUAUGGGGAAAGAUGUACACAGUUUUCUGUGACCUAUGAUAUAAUGCUGUAUGGUUGUGUUUGGGGAUGUGUUUUCCUUUCUUGUGAAGACUUUAAAAAAUGUAUUCCAAGAGAAAUGUGAUUUAUAACAAUACUGUGAGAGAAGAAUGUACUAAGAUGAACUCACAGGGCAUUACUUUUUACUUCAGAGCCUGAAAAUAAGGACUAUUGCUUUCUGCAUGUAAGAGAAAUUAGGAUGCAUCUAUAUAUUGCCCUUCCCCAACCUGGAGCCUUCCAAAUAUUGUAGCAAAUGGUCAGUAACAAGGGGAGUUGUAGUCUAAAACAUCUGGAAGGCGUGAGGUUAUGAAAGGUUGAUCUAUAAUCCUUUAUCACAGUGUAAGGGUUGUAUGAGAAGAUCUGGCCACUCAAAUCUUGUGUCUGUUUUAGUCAGGUAGCUGAGUAAAACUGUGGAAUAUGAUGACUGUGGGAUAUUAUUUCUGUAGUCAAUGUGCCCUUGACCUGUCUUGGUCUCCGUUCUUGACCCUCAAUUUAAGAGAUGGGUUCAUGUUCCUGGAUAAAGACUAUUUGUUCAAAUAACUGUCCUGGAACAUGAGAAUCCAUGAUCUCAGUAAAAGGGUAUUCUUUUGUUCUGUGAACCACCCUGAGGCCUCCGGGUAUAGGGUGGUAUAUAAAUUCAAUUAUUAUUAAUAAUAAUAAUUUUUUAUUUUCUUUAGUGGAAUUUGAUUACCGGUUUUGUGAAUGCUUAGCUAGCUUAUGAAAAGAAAAAGAAAAACAACUCGUGGUGACAGCCUUCCCCAAUCUGGUACAAGUUGUUGAACUGCAACUCCCAUCACAAUUGACUAUGCUGGCAGGGGCUGAUGGGAGCUGGAGUCCAACAAAUACCUGGACAGCACCACAUUGAAGAAGUGGUUGGCUGUUAACUUGAGACACGUUUGAGCAUCUUGGGCAAUCACUGUGCCAAAAUCUCUGUGAAAAAGUCAACUUUUUGGUCAGAUAUAACCUUCAUACAGAGAAGGGCUUUAGUUCUGUGGGAGAGCACAUUCUUUGCAUGUAAACAAUCUUAGGUUCAAUUUCCAGAAUCUUGCAGUAGGGCUGAGAGGCUCCUGCCUGAAGCCUUGUUGGUGCCAGUCAUUGUAGACAAUACUGAGCCAAAUCUGACUCUGUAUAUAGUACCUUCUUAUGUUUCGACUUAAUAUGGGUUUGAAUCCUGCUCAGAUAGAGUAAGAGCAGGAUAGAAAUCUAACCAUAUACAAAUAUAUAUAUAUCAAAAUCUAACAAUGGUCUGAUACAGGGGUGGGAGUUUUGGGGCCUGCCAAAUGUUUUUGAACUCUGGCAGUCACAGCCAGCAUGGCUAAUUGCCAGAGAUUGUGGAACUUGUGGUAUGGCAAAAUCUGGAAGGGGCAAGAUUAUCUACUCCUUGCCUAAUACAAACUGUCCAUCAAGCACUCAAAAAUUCUGUUUCUGGCUGCUAUAUAUACAUGUUGGCCUAGUUCUCACUCAGGUGAGAUCUUGACUGCACCACAUUCCAUAGUUGAAUUCUCCUCCAUACAAAGGCCACUCCUUCCAUCUGACAUCUCAAGGAGAAAACUGACGUCUCAAGGAGAAGCCUAGGGUAGAACCUUACAUCUAAUUUCUUUUUGUAACGAUUUCUUUGUUUUUCUUUUUUUAUGGAAGACCAUUCCGUCACAUGAGCACUUACAGGCACUGUGAAAUGAUAUGGUCUAGACACAGAUUUACCCUAUCAGGGGAAAUUAGGCAAUUGUUGCAAGUGCUAAACUUAAAAAUGGUCACUUUGGGCUCAUGUAUAUUUGCCCACAUGAUUUAAAUCCAAACUGGAGUCUUAAUUUCAAAGUUUCCUUUUAAAGUUCUUAGAUGGCAGGUGAUAGCUCGUUUUCUAGGUAUAUAAUGGAAGAAUAAAGGAACAGAGGACAGCACAAAACUGUCAAGGCUACUGGGGGACUUGGUCAGGUUUUUACAGACGCAACCAAGUCUUCUACAGCCUUAAAGGUCAAUGAGUUGAUUAUGGUGUAAGCUUUUGUGCCUCCCUCUUUGGUCUUUGCAGAAAAACACACAUAGGCAUGUCAGGGAGACAACACCUUUUCCUGCUCAGUUAUUGCCAAAGCUGUCACCAUCAGUUAUAGUUAUGUGACAUUUUUUUACUUUACAUAAGGUGGGUGGAGGCAGGUUCAUCUUAUUUACAAAUGAAAUCAUAGGACUCCAGCCGUCAAAGCAAGCCUUUUCUUCUUGUCUCUUUUUCUUGACUUAACAUUUGUUCUGUCUCUGAAUCAGAUUCCACCACCCCAGCUUGCUUCCUAUUGCCAUUGUUAACUUCAUGGGUCCCCGCAUCUAACCAAUUAUCUGAUCCUGCAUAAAUGUUAGGCAAUGGGUUGGGAAUUACCAGUAUGGAGUGUUUCUGAGCCAAUCUAUAGUUCUAAUGAAUGAAACAAACUGAAUGGAUAAUUUUGUACUUCUAAUUUAUCAGUGCUUGGGAAUAAAAGAAUAGCGCUUCACGAUGGCCCAAAUCACACACAGAGCUAAGCAAACUAUGGCAAAGCGUUGCCCUGCUUCCCGGAGCUAAGCCAUGGUUUAAUUUCGCAUUACAUCUGAAUCUGAGCUCACAGUUUGUUCUCCCCAACAAAUCAUGAAUGUGGGGUCAAGAACAAACCCUGGCAAUAUUCGUGUCUUGUUUGGAGCUUGACAAACCAUGAGCCUGGGAUCAGACAUAAUGCCAAACCCAAGCCAUGCCUUAGCUUUGGGAUAGCAUAGCAGCAGGAGGACUUGAGGAGGAGAAAAGUAUCUGUACUUUCAGUCAUUUAUAACUAGCCUUGGCUUGGAUAGCGUUACAUGCAAACUGUAUGCGCCUUCUUCUGUAAUAUGUAAUAUGAGAAGCUAAUUAAAAGAACUUCUGUGCUACAUACAAAAUGGCUGACAGUUGUGUUAGUAUUUAAUUAUUGUGUUGGCUCAAAUUCAAGCCCUCAGCUGGUUAAAUUAGCUGUAGUCCUUUCUGGUUUCUUAUUUUGUCCAACACCUUUCUUGCUUUGGAAUUCUUGGAAGUAAUCCACAUUGACUAAUGCUGCUAUUUCACUGUCACAUAGAUCUUGUGGUAACUACUUAUAAUUAUGCCAUCAUGUAAAAAUACUUCUUUGAUGACAAUUUUAUGGGAGCUAGACUGUUCCCAGCAGCUCCUCAGUUUGCAGAGAUAUUGUAAUUAGGUGUGAACCUUUAGGACAUAAGACUACAUAUUUACAUCGGUAAAAUAGUUAUUCUCUCGUCCCAGCAAUCCCUAGGAACAAAAAUUCUAUAAGAGUGAUUUAUCUCAGCACCCCCUUCCCAUACUAUGCAACAGGGGUGGAGAAUCUGAGGCCUUCCAGAUGUCGUUGGACUACAACUCCUAUCAUCCCUGAUUAUGUCCAUGCUGCGUGGGGGCUGAGGGAAAGUGAAGUCCAACUGCACCUGGAAAGCAUAGGCUCCCUAUCCCGGCUAUACAGGAGUCUUUGGUAGAAACUAGCAUAAAACCAACAUAACUUUGUAGUGUAGAGACGAUGAGGAACAGUUGUUCCUCUUAUAAUGAGCAGGAACUGCAGGAAUAGUCUCUUUCUGAGUUCAUAAACAACCUUCAUUAGAUUAUUUCUCAAUCCUAUAAUAUCAAUCCACGAUACUGAAUAAUAGCAUCAGAUAUUUCCUGCUAUUAUUCAGGACUUCAUUUGAUUUCAGGACUCUAUAGAUUUGGAAACAGAAGUAACGUAAGAUUUACUCUGCUAUAAACAGAGACAAUAGAUUUAUUACCUGCCACAGAUCUUGCCAAGCACAUGCGGUCCCAGCCAAAAAUGAACUUUUUACCAUCUUUAACCAACAGGAUGUUUAUAUGAAUGUUUAUAUCAUAAAGGCAUUUCUGAGAUUGCUCUUCUAAUACGGUAUGUUGGCAAGCAAGGGAGUGGUGAUUUUUUUAAAAAACAAAACAAAAACAAAAGGUUUAUAUAUAUAUAAUAUUACUCUGGUAAGAUUUGUAUAUAUAUAUUUUAUUUUAGCAUAUUUUUCAUAUGCAUAAAGUUCUAUAUAGGAUAAAGGUGUUUCUAUAUUUAUAUUGGUUGCAAGCAAAUCACAUGGUCAAAGAAUUUGUUGUGCAAUCUGUCUGUGUUGUUUGCUACCUAAACAAUCUUUUUAGCACAUUUUUUUGUGUACAGUGCAGUCUGAUUCUGUGCAUGUUUAUUCACAAAUAAGUUUCACCUUGUUCAGUGCUCCUCAGUACAUGCGCAUAGGAUUGUAGCCACAGUGAGCUUUUUAAAAGAUACUUAUUGGGAGCUGCUGAAUGUCAAGUUAAAUGUUGGGACAUUUAUAUGCUUAGCAUUCCAGCUUUCAUGUUGCUGAAUAAUCUCAGUUUGUUGCUCAAACUUUGCUGUCUAAAUGUUUUCCAACAGGACAAUACUUUGGGUAUUUUUGCUUCAAAUGUCAGAUUAAAUACUGUCACAGAAGUGCCAUAAAAUGCUUAACACUGAUUUCUGUUUAUGAAUGCUAAUUAAAACAAUGCUUUUCUUUG